AUGGGUGUGUCAUUGUUAUUUUGCCUCACAUUGGGGUUAUUGCCCACAAUAAUCAUUGGGAAGGCAUGGCAGUGCCCACCUCGAUGGUCUGACUCAACCAGAGAUUUCACAGUGAAGUACAGCUUCCCUACAUUCGAUGCUGGAAGUUCCAUUCAGAACAUUGUCACUUCUGAGUACGAUGAUGCGAUCUUUGUUGCAGUUCGGAACAAGAUCUUCAUGUUGAACUCAAAGAUGGAAAUUCUGUCUAUGAUAGUGACUGGUCCCUGGGGUAACGCCGCGUGUGAGAUCUGUGCCAAAUGCCCCGUGAAAGGGCCAAUGAACCCCGAAGAUACAGAUAACAUAGUUCUGGUGAUGGAUCCUCAAGAAUUUUGGCUUUAUAGUUGUGGGACUUCCCAUCAUGGAGUCUGCUUCCAGCAUGAGAUUGAAAAAAAUGGCAAUGUGUCAGUUGACACCAAAUGCCUGUUCUCUGCUAAAUUUAACAGGCCUUCUGAGUGUCCAGACUGUGUGGCCAGUCCUUUAGGCACUAGAGUUGUAGUUGCUGAUAUGGCACACACGGUAUACUUUUACGUUGCCUCUACCAUUAACAGAAGCAUUGCGGAGACGUAUAGCCCCAAAUCCGUGUCUAUACGGAGACUCAAGAGUAACGCGGAAGGGUUUGACCAUCCUUUCCACUCCUUAACGGUGCUACCUGCGUUUCAAGACACAUACCCAAUUAACUAUGUGUAUUCCUUUGAAUACCGGAACUUUGUAUAUUUUCUAACAGUCCAAAAAGAAAACCCUGAGUCCAGUGUGUACCACACUAGGAUUGUACGGCUCAGUACUGAUGAAACGGAAGUGCACACGUACCGUGAACUGAACUUGGACUGCCGCUUUAACACCAAGCGGAAGAGGAGUCUUGGGGCAACCCCCAGGGAUGUUGUUUUUAAUGUUUUGCAAGCGGCUCAUGCUACUCAGCCUGGCCCGAAACUGGCUCCUGAGAUCACUGUCAGUGAUGCUGACAGAGAACUGGUUCUCUUUGGGGUGUUUGCUGAAAGCCUGCCAGGCAGCAAAGUGCCCCGGAAUUACUCGGCAGUUUGCGCUUUCCCCGUGAACAAGAUAAAUGAGGCUAUCGAUGAAGGGAUGAAGGAGUGCUGCAAUGUGGAUGUCCACAACCAUGUGCCUCGAGGACUGAAGUUUUAUCAAGUUUUGGAGUACUGUCCACAUAAUGUGAGUUCCCAGCAAUCAUUUCCCGUCUUCUUACAUGAAAUUAUUGUAUGUGAUGUCAGAGGUAAUUCUUAGGCCUGGUUGGAGGAAAUUAUCAUUAGUCACUUAUAUAUAGUAUUUUUUACAAGCUUUAAAAAAUAUAUUCAAAACACUUAAAAUAAAGUAUCUGGGUGUUCCAUUAUUAUGUGUUAGCCACACCCAAGAAUGCACCUUUGCACUGUGUGCGCAUUUCCUCCCGUAUAUGUAGGAUUGUGUGUGUGCUGCACCCAGUGAUAAUGAGAUUUGAUUAUCCAGAUCACUUAAUGUUUGCUUCAUUUGUUAAUUCAAAGAAAGAGCGCCAUUGUUUUUAUUCUUUGGGGAUUUCAGGAAUAUCGAAAGCUGCAUUAUAGAAAAUCAGACCGUUGGUCUAUCUAGCUCAGUACUGCCUACACUGACUGGCAGCAGUUCAGCCAGGGAUUAUUACCAGGCCCACCUGGUGAUGCUGGAGAUUGAACCAGGGAUGUGAAUGAAAGCAGAUACCCCACCACUGAGAAACGAAAUGAUAUCACAUAAAUUCAGAGGCAUAGCUGGGGGGGGGGGCUGGGGGCAUUGGGCGCCACACUGCAGGGGGCGGCACUUACCAUGGGGCCUGCAGCGCGACCGAGCCAUGCGUCUCUCCUGGAAGUGAUGCGGUGGCUCGGGCGCCUGCAGGCUCUGCACUGCCCGAAACGGCAGCGUGGGGCUUGCACCCGCUCUCCCUCAGCUACCCUACAACUGAGGGGGAGGCAGCGGUGAGGCUCCAGGCAAUGCGCCCAGCCCCAGCUUGCCCCGCCCAAUGUAAAACUGACUGUAAAUAUUAAAUAUUAUGCUGCUGCAUAAAUUAAAAGUGGCAAGAGGUCACUCAAAACAUACCACAUUUUCCCAUGUAUAAGAUGCCCCCAUGUAUUUUUGGGGACUCCAAAUUAAGAAAACACCCCUCAGCACUACUCGUGUAUAAGACAAGCCCCAAUUUUAAACCUAAUUUUUGGGUAAAAAACAAACAAACCUAGUCUUAUAUACACACUUAUAUAUAGUAUUUUUUACAAGCUAUAAAAAAUAUAUUCAAAACAGUUACAGUGGUGCCCCGCAAGACGAAUGCCUCGCAAGACGGAAAACCCGCUAGACGAAAGGGUUUUCCGUUUUCAAUGCGCUUCGCAGGACGAAUUUCCCUAUGGGCUUGCUUCGCAAGACGAAAAUGUCUUGCGAGUCUAGAGAUUUUUUCGCUUUCUCCCCCUUUAUCUAAUCUGCUAAGCCUUUAAUAGCCUUUAAUAGCCUUUUAGCAGCUAAUCCCCUAAGCCUUUAAGCCUUUAAUAGCCGCUAAACCGCUAAUAGCGCUAAUCCGUUAAGCCGCUAAUAGGGUUGCUUCGCAAGACGAAAAAACCGCUAGACGAAGACUCUCGCGCAACGGAUUAAUUUCGUCUUGCGAGGCACCACUGUAUUUGAGUUAUUUGCACUAAGGUCCAUUUUAAAGACAGGAAAUUAAGAAACUAUGAAGCAAGGUUACAUGAGCAUUGUAUAUUUACGUCAGAACAGACAGAAACAAGUAGUAGAGAGGUUGCCUGGGUGUUAGUAGGAGAGCCCAGCGCUUUGGGACUCCACCUUCUGGGGCGGUUUGGGACUCUGCAGGCUGCCAGCGAGGUACACCCCCUGUCCAUCAAGUGUAGGGAACCAAAAAACAACAACCGCCCACCUGGGGAAGGGCAAGGUUAAUGAAACAAAGCACAGGCCAGAGGAGAGUUUCUGCACUGACUUUUAGAGAAAAGAGAGACCUAGCUUCCUUCAGGCAACAGAAGGGUCUUAACAAGAGAGAAUCUGAAUAAGAUUGGUGAGACGUUACAAGGCUUCUGUUUCUGCCAGAGUGGGAAAGCACUGCUUCAGAUGUUGGUGGAGCCAGAAGAGUCAAAAAGACACACCACUCUUCCUCAUUGGACUCAGUUCUGCUAUCAUCCCUGGUAGGGUGGCUGCUGUAUUCCUGAGUUGGUGUCUGAGUGUCUUUUCUGUACCUCUCCACCUAGCUGAAAGAACUGUUUAGAGCUUUUUUCUGUUACCCUUUCCAUUAGUUCCCACUUGUUCCCAUUGUCUGCCUUUUCUGAAAAGCAGGAUCGUUCCUUGUAUCCACAACCUGAGUGUUUGGUUUUGCUACCUUUAUCAGAAAUGCCUUGGCUGUCCAAGGGCGGAAUCUGGUGGGGAUGGAAUGGAGCUGGCCAGCUGUAAACAUGGCAGAUGUGGGCUUUGAAACUGAGUACAAAUCCCAGCACUGUAGCCACCAGACCAUACUUUUUAACUGAGGUGAACUGACAUUACACAAAACCAAAAGAGACCUCUGCUGCGUCCUCUCUCUCUCUCUCUUUUGAAAAAAACAUUUCUUCAGACCUUGAUACUAGUACUGUUUUUCAUGAAACAUGAGGGUUCUGUCAAACGUUUGCAAACUUUAUUUAUUUCUUUAUUACAUUUAUUACAUUUCCAGGCAGUUAGUAAAGUGGUAAAAAAUACAAUACAAAUACAGUCAAACAUCGGUUGUCGAACGUUAUCUCUUCCGGAAGCCCGUUCAGCUUCCGAAAUGUUCGACAACCGAGGCGCUGCUUCUGAUUGGUUGCAGGAGCUUCCUGCACACAUGUGAAAGCUGCGUUGGAUGUUCGGCUUCCGAGAAACAUUUGAAAACUGGAGCAUUUACUCCCGGGUUUUUGGCGUUUGGGAGCUGAAACAUUCCAAAACGGAGGCAUUCGGGAGCUGAGGUUUGUCUGUAAAACAAAACCAUAAUUUAAGAAUGUGAAAACAUAACAGACUGCAAACAUUAAUCUUACAUAUCCUCACAGUUAAUAAUUUCAGGGUUGCUGGGAACAGUAUCUUUCAGCCAUCAAAUAUUUCUUCUUUAUUAACAUGUUGGAACACUUACCCAGUUUCAUGAUAUCAUUCUGCUGUACAUUCUCCACCCAGGCUAAUGACCUCCAACAAUAUGUUGGGUGAAGGAGAAAACACACAGUUUGGUGAUAUUAUGGUACUGAAAGGGUUUCUGCACAUACAGGAUGGCUGGUUAACCUUUGGUCCUCCAGAUGUUGCUGGACUACAGCUCCCAUAAUCCCUGACCACUGGUCAAGGCAGCCAGGGCUGAUGGAAGGUGGAGUCCAGCAACAUCAUCUGGAGGUCCACAGAUUGGUCUACCCCUACGUUACAGGGAAGAUGGAGAGAACCAGACUCUGGGUUGCCAUUUUUAGCAGCAGCUCCAUGCUAUGAGCAAAGCAUAGUUCCUUUCUCAUUCAUCUUGGUGUGGAAGAACUGAUCAAAAUCCUGUAUGCUUGGUUGGGGAUGCCAGUGCAAAUCCCCUAAAGAUCCAGGAUAAGGUUUUUUUCACCUUUAAUAAUAACCUUUCUUAAUUUGCUGAUUUUUCAUUAAACUCAAAUCAAGGUACAGUAGUAGUAGUAAUUAUUUAUUUAUUUAUUUAUUUAUUUAUUUAUUAUUAUUUAUACCCUGCCCAUCUGGCUGGGUUUCUCCAGCUACUCUGGGCGAUUCCCAACAGAAUAUUAAAAAUAAAAUCCAACAUUAAAAACUUCCCUUAAUAAUAAUAAUAAUAAUAAUAAUAAUAAUAAUAAAGGUAAAGGUACCCCUGACCAUCAGGUCCAGUCGUGACCGACUCUGGGGUUGCGCGCUCAUCUCGCUCUAUAGGCCGGGAGCCGGCGCUUGUCCGCAGACAGCUUCCGGGUCACAUGGCCAUCGUGACUAAGCUGCUUCUGGCGAACCAGAGCAGCACACGGAAACGCCGUUUACCUUCCUGCCGGAGAGCGGUCCCUAUUUAUCUACUUGCACUUUGAGGUGCUUUCGAACUGCUAGGUUGACAGGAGCAGGGACCAAGCAACGGGAGCUCACCCUGUCGUGGGGAUUCGAACCGCCGACCUUCUGAUCGGCAAGUCCUAGGCUCCGUGGUUUAACCCACAGCGCCACCCGCGUCCCAAAUAAUAAUAAUAAGUGCAUACUAAUCCAUAAAAGUGUGUGCUACAAUAAAUCUGUUAUUCUGUAAGAUUCCACAAGGCUCUUUGCUGUUUUAGCUUCAACAGACUAGCAUGGUUACGCAUCUGGAAGUUGAUAACUCCUGUGGGAAUUCUUUAUAGGUUUGUUUCCAGACCAGCAUUUUAAUCUUUAUAGUCCAAGAUUCUCUAGAACUUACCCAUUGAUUAAAAGUAUUGCUGAUCUUCAUUUAUUUAUCAGAAUGGCUACAAUACAUUCAAAUACUAGGAAAAGAAGAUACUUUGAAUAAUGGAGGGUGGGGUGCUACUAGAAUAACAAGCAUCAUGUUUCAAGCCAAUGUGGUUUCUGGAAUUGCAUGUUUUAAGGCUUCUGGCAUGCUGGGGAUUUUUUUUUAAAAAAAAGUUUUAAAACAGAAUCAGUCAAAGCAUACUUAUCUUCCAUCUUUGAGUCCCCUCCCCACGCCAACACACGUGCUUUCCCGAAUCCUUUUCGCAUUCUGUGCCUCUGGCUUUCUUUGGUGUUUUUUUAAUCUACCCAUUUCAUUAAUAUUGAAGCUGUGAAACAGUCUCCAUCUCAGUCUAUGUUCAUCAGCUUCACUACCAUCAUUUAGCACAUGCAGCUGUUUCAUGGCUACUUGCUGCAACAUGUACUUCCGCUUCUUUAAAAGGGAGUGGGGAGGCUUUUGUGUUGGUGGGUGUUUACAGAGUCUCCCAUGGCGAUGAUGUUAUUGCACCACUUUCGUUAAAGCUGGAAUAUAAUAAGAUAAAACGAUUAGUCCAACGAGUUUACGCCGGAUGGGAGCAAAACCAGAAUUCAGUUGUGGUGGCUGGAAUCCAAGUGCACACCCUUUCUGAAGCGUAGGCAGUCGGAAAAUCAAGUAUUUCUCCUUUGAAAUCUUUUUCGUAAUCUCCCUGCUGGGAUGGGUUGGGAAUGUGCAUUUGGUUUGGGCUCUUAUGAUUGAACAGAGGUGGGAAAGGGUAAUUUAAGAAGCACCACUGCCCUUAGGCCGAUGUUGGCGUUCCUCGGUGCCGCAGCAUGCAUGCUACAGUUUGCUUUGGUACCUGAUAUCCCAGGCAUGCUUACAAACACGGAAGAAAUACAUAGCAGCUCCAAUGUGUGCGAAAUUUGGUCCAUGUGUUCCUUAUGGCCCCAUUUCUUUACUCAAGGGAGCAAUCUGCUUGUGCAGGCAGCGUAGGGUAUAAGAAUGUAAGAAGAGACUUGCUGGAUCAGGCCAAAGUCCCACAUAAUGUUGCCUUUGGUUCUCACAGUGGCCAACCAGAUGCCUAUGGAAAGCAUGCCAGCAGAAGUGCAACAGUGCUCCCCACAGGUGGAUUCCCAGCAAGUAGUACUGCCUCCUCUAGCACUGAAAACAGAGCACAGCCAUGGUAGCUGUUUUAAAGCCAUUGAAGUUGGUGGCCAUCGCUGCUUCCCCGGGGGACCAAAUUCCAUUACAGUGGUACCUCGGGUUACAGACGCUUCAAGUUACAGAUUCUUCAGGUUACAGACUCUGCUAACGCAGAAAUAGUACCUCGGGUUAAGAACUUUGCUUCAGGAUGAGAACAGAAAUUGUGUGGCGGCAGCAGGAGGCCCCAUUAGCUAAAGUGGUACCUCAGGUUAAAAACAGUUUCAGGUUAAGAACGGACCUCCAGAAUGAAUUAAGUUCUUAACCCAAGGUACCACUGUAUUUAAUUAAGUUGCAGACGAAGAAGUUACUUCUUUUGUCUGCCCUGAACCCUCCAACAUUCAGUGUAACUGGACGUCCCCCAAGUUACAGUAUUGUCUGAGAGGAAGAAAAACUUCUCCCUGUCCACUUUCUCCACACCAUACAAAGUUUUAUUUUUUUAUUAUUACAUUUAUAUCCUGCCUUUUCUCCAAUGUGUUUGUUAUAAGGAAAAAACUGCUCCAUGUCCCUUAUGGGGUACCCAAGAGCCAGUAUAGAGUCCUUAUGUAGGUUCUCUAUCAGUAGGAGAAAUUAACAGAGGCCAACCACAGAAUAUUGAGAAGCAAAGCAGCUAGUAAGCCUGAUCUUUAUUAACUGUUGCAACAGGGUGCUUCACAACUACACGCAGGCGGCAGGAGGGACCCCGAACAAUGGCGUGCAAGCCCUUAUAUUGACAUUUGAAAUUGCCCACCCUGGAGCCCAAGACCACCCCCCAAUACAUCAUGCAUAAAUCACAGAAGGGUUGGUCUACAACAGAAUCCUGUCUGGCAGGAAACCUGUUGAUGGGUUUACCUGGCUGUUGAUGGGUUUACCUGGGCAGCCUGGCUAUUCUUUUGUGAUGAUAAAUACUUAAUUCCUGAGUCCAGAUCACAGGCUCGCCCUAUUCAUAGCUUAAAUGUGCCCUUAGGGCAGAAUUUGUGAGCAAAUGGGGAGCUUUUUCCCAUUUCUUCCCUCCUUGCAGAGAAACAUUUGAGGUCAAUUUGGGAGAGACAAAAUGGUUUCAGGACUUUUUUUCCUGUGCUGUUUCAGACAUACGGUUUAUAUAUUUAUUUAUUUAUGUAUGUGUUUGCUUGGUAUAUUUAUUUUAUAUCUUAAACCUUAUAAUUCUCAUAACACAUUCAAGCUGGCAUAAAUAGUUCUUCCCUUUCCCAUUACAUUAUGGGAGGUAGGUUAGGCUGAGCAGAAGUGGGCACCCAAUGAGCUUCAUGACUGAAUGGGGACCUGAACCCUGGUCUCCCUAGUCCCAGACCAACACUAAAUAUUAUACUGUACUGGUUUCAAUUUAUUUUAUGUAUUAAAUUUGUACAUUGCCCUUCAUUCAUAAAUCUCAAGGUGGUUUCUGUAUGAUACAACAGGAGGGAAAAUAAACUGUUCAUUGCAACCAGGACUGAAGUGUAAAAUUCCAAAUAUUUAAACCAGUUAGUUUUUUAAAGACAAUAGGCCAGAGGGGCAUGGCUAUUAAUUUUAUUUAUAGAAGGCAUUUGGAAGGUAUGGAAAAAGUCUCAGCCAGCCAUUUGCAGCUGUUUGGUUUUCUCGACUUAGUUGCUGGGGAAUGCACUUCAAAUGUUCAGCGUUUCUCCCCCUUUCCGGAGGCAAAUCAUAUUCCUCUCAUGUUCCUUAUCUCUGUUAGGAUGUAGCUGCUAAUGGUCCCAUUAUUACAUCUUGUAUUCCCAGGUGGCACUGAAAUAGAGCUGAUUCAAAUACUGAGAAAAGGCACAUUGCACAGUCCUCCUGGGACAAUGCUUCUUAAAAGUACAUUAUCGCUUGGUGUAUUCGAGGACUGAAAAUGUUGUUUUCCAGCCAUUGAGCAAGGAUUUUGAAGCUGAGUCUUGAUUUUGUGCCCUUUAAUCUGUGGGUGCAAGAUGUUUAGUUACAGUGUACACCAAUAUUGACACAAGACAGAGAUAAAAGUAAGAAUUGGAAAGAGGUGUGUGAGCAGAUGAAAGAGUAAAGACAUUUUGAAUAUGAGGGCAGUGGAGAGGCAAGACAGAGCAAAACUAAGGUUAAAGCAAAAAUCAGAUCAUAUAGAAAGAGGGAUGGGAAAGAGAAUGCAAGCAAGCUUAUUUGUUAGCAUUGGGUAUAAUCUAAUAUACAGGUUUGCCUGGGAGCAAGCCCCAUAUGCUCUCUAUUCAUCAAAAGUGUAAUAAUUAUUUCCCAUCUUUCCCCUCCUGCUUGAUGUAUGGUUUACGUUGUGGCUAGCCCCAUUCUCAGACUGACAUGCCUCGGUUCUUCCAGUAGCCACUAUGAUAAACAUGGCCAGAAGUGGUAGCUUGGUCUGUUUAUCAAAUAUUUCCUAACACUUUAAUAAACAAAAGCAAUGGACUUAUGUAACAUUUCUAAGUGGGAUCUGGGCUAGCUGAGACCUGAUGGCUGCACACCCCUUCCUAUAUAUUUGCCCACGCAAACAAAAACAUUGGCAGGAUGAAUAGAUAAAUGUCACUGGCUCGGCAAUUCUGUGAUUAAAGUCUAUGGAUUAUUAUGCAAUAAAGCUUAGUCACCCCCUUUUCUCGAUCCUCCUGCAUCCUUACACAGAUGUCUGACUGAAGAAGCACAGAUUUCUUCAAAAAGAGGAACGGGGAGUAGGCGAUAGUGAAAUCCCCAUGCAAUGUAACCAGAAAACAAGGCCAACGACUCUUGAGGCCUGCUUCUCAUGACAUAGUAAGCAAAACUAUGGCUUACUGGGACUGUUGUGAAAGUGUGGGCUCCCAGAGAAGAGCUUAAAGCUACUUUGCUUUUCCCUGGUCCUUUUUGCUCCUGUGCCAUGCUGAGCUAAGCUAAGAUUUAGACUAGUGUGUUGUCCAAAGGUGGGCUCAGCUUUCUUCUCACCACCAUGAGCUGCAGCCAAGAACAAGUAUUCAUGUGGACUCCAGGUAAACUAUAACUUGGCUUACCAAGUCAUGCAGACUAGGCAGCCAACGUGUCUCAAAGGUGCAUUUUCACAAGUUGGGUCCCCCAGCCCCCAACACACAGCAAAAUGUUUCUCAUAUGUGACACAAGAGUCCAACACCUUCUCUUUAGGCUACACUAUUGUUGUGGAGAUACUGCAUUUGUCCAGCAUGCAAACUGUAGCUGGUGAAAAUGCAGUUUGUCCCUAAAGUAUGCAUCUACAGCUAUUAGGACUGUUGCAUGUAAUAGAGUUCCAUGAAUGUCAUAGGCAUGUGAUCACAACUGCUUAUUCACUUCAUUAAUGGUUUUGAGAGAUGACAGGGACCAUGCAGGGAAGUGCUGUUGUUAUACUUGUCUUAUUUUACGCUCAUGCCCCCCAAACCAAGCCUGGAAUCUUGGGCAGCAAAAAGAAACUAGGAAGGAGGCUUUGCUUUAAGGCACUUAGGCAGCCGUUCCAGCUAAGUUGCAAAUCUUGCCUUUGAGCAGCUCUUGUACCGUGAAGAUGCUAUAAUGCAAUAUCAUCCUAGAAGACUGAAGUAUUGGAAUGGAUGUUGGUGGACAGCAUUCUGUAUUUCACAUUUGAACCCUAGCAUAACCAUUGCACAUCUUAGCCUAGACCCUCCAAGAGUCUCUAUUUUCCAGGGACGUCCCUGAUUUAGAGAAGCCGUCCCAGUUUCUGAUGUGAUCCCGGAAUGUCGCACUUUUCCUUAGGAUGUCCCUAUUUUCAUUGGAGAAAUGUUGGAGGGUAUGGAGUUAUCCGACCCCUGAGCCAUCUUGUCUGAAGGCAAUCCUGUAUAGGAAAGUUGGGGGGGGGGGGAGUUUAGUGUUUUUAUAUAUGUUGGAAGGUGCCCAGAGUGCCUGGGGCAACCCAGUAAGAUGUGUAGGGCAUAUUUUCACUGAAUAAAUGUUGGAGGGUAUGUUAGCCCUCCAAGGCCCAGGGCAAGUGUACCCAACUGCCCACCCCCUCAGCAUGGAUCUGCAUAUUUGGGUCCCAGGGUUUGUGGGUACAAAAUUAUCCAUAACUCCUUGAGUGAGUAAGUGUCAGGGAUUACUAAAUAAUUGGAAUUACUAAAUGCUGGGAGCCUUCCCCUGGGUGCCAGACAAUUUAACAGUGUAAGAAUACAAGUUGAGCUUGUUUUUCCGGACUAGGGCAUCGCCUGGCAGAUAGGCUAUUAAGACAGAGUUGGGAGGGGGGACGUUUUCAGGGUUACAAUGGGAGACAAUGUAGGAAAAAUUGUGGGUUUUUGCAAGAGGCUUGACAAGUGGGGGAGAAGCGGAGCUGGGAGAACUCCUGGCAGGCUGGUUGAGACAAGCUGGGGCACAAUUUUCUCCCUAUAGGCUCAUCCACACUUCCACUUGUCCCGUGCCUAGAAAGCACGGAUCCGAGUGGUUUUUCAUUUCCCAGGGAAAACCUACUCUUCAAUGCUAAAUUGGAUCAGACAGCAAUCCAGAGAAAACUCAAAGUGUUCUUUGUUCCGAUUGAGGGCUAAAGAGCAGUUUUUCCCCAGGGGAAAGCAGUGAGACAAGAGGAAGUGUAGUUAAGCCCAUGUCUGCUGUAGACGGCAAAGAGGGACACCCACAAUAUUUUGAUGUUGUUUUUAAUUUCAGUUCGUAUUGAUAAAUUUUAGUGUUAUAUAUUAGCGCUGUGUUUUGUUCCUGCUUCCCUGGUGUUUUUCCUAGCAGGAGAUUAGAUUUGCAAUUGUGGGAACUGUACUAUUCACAUGUUUUGCAGUGCCCAUUGUGCCACAGACAAAUAAAAUCGUUCACAGCCUUAAAAAAACCACCCACCUGUUCCAUCAAAUAAGAUGCAGAACACUAAAAAAUAAGGGAUUUUUUUUUCAUGCUUAGUAACACACCAUGUGGUGCUAUACUUUCAUUUUUAAGAGUGUGGCACUUCUUUGUUGACAAAGGUGACUUCAGGCUGUAAUAUCAGUCUAGAUUUUUGGACUUCCUGAAACUGAAACAAUUCUGGCAUCAUAAGGGUACUGUGAGCUGUGACCUUUAGGCUAGAAAGUGAGUGAAGUUUACCUGAAAGCUUAGUGGUUAGAAAUGUAAUUUCAACCCCUUGCAGAAUACAAAGGGCACGUGAUUAUCAAAGUCCUUUCCAGCUUAGCUGCUGUUUUCCUUGAGCUUAUUACCUGGAAGUUAUAGAUACACAAAGGAACUCAAACAAAUAAACUCACCUAUGCUUCCUUUGUGUCUGGUACAUUCAGCACCUGUUUUUGCAAGCUGCUCAAAUCAGCUAUUGUAUUCUCUGCAUCUGUGUUAUAACAUCUGUGUUAUAAUAUCCUGCAGUUAUGCAGUGUUGUGUUUCCUCUGCUGUUGUAGCCCAACCUUUACCAACUGGGUGCCGUCCAACGGCUUUGGGUUGCAACACCUAUCGGCCAAGCCAGCACAGGAGAUCCCUCAUCUAUAUACUGUAAUGAUACCAUGAGUUGACAAGGCUAAUUCCUGGCAUUGGGUCUCAGUCCUACUGAGCCCUGAUUCACUCCCACCCUAGGUGUAACUGGGAGGAAGAAUGCCUUGUGUUGGGCAGAUGAGGUAUUAGAGAUGCCGGAAGGAAAUAAAGAAUAACAGGUAGCUUUCCUGACUUUGAAAAGUGUUACUCACUUCAUGAUUGGGGUAAGGGUCCUCAAAGCAUCAGCUGGUUCUCAAAUGGCUAUGUUGAAUGCUUUCUUUGUGUAGAAUCCUUUGAAGUGGCAAUUUCAGUUGACAACAUGAUUUAGGAACAUCAAUCAAACCCCAAGCUCUUCUUUGAGCCAUGCUGAGAGAUGCUCCAAUCAGGCCCUACAGCUGUGUGUAAAGGGAUCAGUGCAGUUCAUUCACACAAAAUGACCAUGGAGAUUCAUAUAAUGCUUGGCUGUCUCUGGGGCAAAAAUGUUCCUGAAUUAUGAAGUCUCUUUCUGUAGCGAUCAACACUGUGAAAAUUCUUUUGGCAUAUCAGCUUUAUCUUCACUCUUUUCACUUUCAGAGGACAGAGAGCCCAUCACAUAACAACAUUAACAACAGCAGCAUAUUUUAGGUCAUACUGGGCAUAGUUUGGUCAUACUGGGCAGAGAGAUUCUGGGGCACUGCAGCAGGAGUCACAACUAUGAAGUCGAACGGAAGGCAAGAGGUAGAGGGGGCACCAGAUUUUGGUGUCGCAGAGGGCGCCACUGAAAUUUGAAACGCCAAGAUACCAAGUUGUGCAAAAGUUUUGUGGAAGACAUUUUAGACUGCAGCAUUUUCCAGUUCUUGUUAGGUGGUUUGAACCUGUUGCUAAUGCUCAGGAAAUAAGAUGAGAAUGACAAAAUAAGUCUAGAUUGCUCCAAACCUAUUAAGAGCAUGACCCAGCCCAUAAUUGUUCUUCCUGCCACUUUCCUUGUACGGAAGAACCACACAAUGGCACAGGCCCUCAGAGUGCUCAGCUCACUUCUCUGCAGAUUCAUUCUGUGUUUUAGAGAGAGUGAGAGAGAGAGAGAUUCAUUGUCCAUUUCCUGGCACUCGUGUGAGCUUUGCACAACUUUCUAUUUCAUACAUUACUGUGCAUAUGCUCUCUUUCGUGGCUUUGAGGUUUGUUGCUCAAGUUAAAGCAGACCAAAACUAAGACUUGUCCCAACUAUCUUAGUUUGCUGCCAUGCACUACCCGUGUUGUCUCAGUGACAGCCGAAAUCUGCCUGAAUAUCUCCCACAAUGUAAAUCCAUGCUAUAAGAAAAACAUUAGCAAAUGUCUUUAAUAGCUCUGCUUUUUUUUCCUUUCUGUUCUCUUAAUACGUGGCUGGAAGUGCAUGUUGGCGUCUGUCCGGCAAGCUAAUGAAAACGUUGGCUUUCUCAGGACCCUGCUAUGAGUCCCAGACCUGUGCUUGGGACAUACGCCUGAGGUUUCUUCACCUGCCCCACCCCUUCCCCAGCCAGUCUUGCCAAACCAACUUUCCACUAACCAUCACUGUUAGAACGGACAGACUGACUCAGGUUAUGGUGAAAUGAUGAUGAAGAUUUCCUCUUCACUGCCUUCCUCUCAGAAGGUAGGAAGGAAGCACGUGGAGAAGAGUGCAAGCUCAUUUUUAUUACUUCAUUCAUCUUCCUCUUGCAGUGCUAACUUGUUAAAGAACAGCAGUGAUGGAAAUUUUUGUCUUCACGGCACGUGGCAGCAUAGUGGCAGGUCGUCUGAUUUGGCAGCUGCGUGGCAUCUUCAGCCCCAGCAGUCUUCAAGGUGUGUCAAAGCACCAUAGAACAACAGAAGCUUGACUCUGUAUCAGUAGCAGCCUUGUGGUUGCUGUGCAGCACAGAUAACUUAUAUCUAUGUAAAGUCAAUACAUGGAAGGGAAAUUGGCUUCACAGUCUGCUGCCAUGAACCCUUCCAUACAUUCACUGCAGAGAGUAGAAGUUUAAGCAGGGAUUUCCGUCACAUUCCCAUGACUGCUUGGCACAUGCUCUUUAAUGUCCUUUUAUUAGAGAAUGUUUUACUCCAAAUCAACGCACAGCACAUAUAAUUCCUGAGGAAUUCAGGUGCAUGUAGAAGAGGUUCUAGUGGGGAAACAGUAGGAAGUAACCGAGAAUAAGACAUGGAAGACCUUACUGGGAUUGAGGAGUGGCAAGUCUGGUUAAAGGGAGAUUUGGGGCAACGCUAAUCUUGUUUUGUGUGGGACUGGUGAGGCCAGUGGUCUUACACUGAUGGGUCCUUGGCCACCGGAGUGCUUCUCGGAGACUCAGGUCCUCUCAGAGUGACCUCUGCAGUGGUUGCAAGUGUAUCUGCCUUUUUCUAAUGUGCAAGGUGUGUGAGAAUGGCACACAUAACAGUUCCUGGGUGUUUAAAGUACAAAUAAAACAGUACAUUUUAGCUAAGUAGGGGGGGGAAUAUGCAACAGAAAGAUACAGUAAAUAAAUAUUUUCUGGGCUUUGCAUUGGUGGUUCCCAGAGAGAUAAUUUCCUACACAAAAAGAGAGAGAAGGGGGUGGGUUGGUUUUUUUAAAAGCAUUAUCAAACUGUCACUUAGGAAUUUUGGCUCAGCACUAGCUUACUUGCACAUCAGCUGCAAACUGUCAUCAAAACUAACACCCGUGGCUAAGACCAGCUUUUAAAGAAAGCGUUCUUGGACUAGUUUUUAUUUUUUGUAGCCACAAAUUUUCUUUUGACUGUUUAAAAUGUUAUCUUAUGGCUGAUUUUUGUUGUUAACGUUUUAAUAUUGAUUAUUUUAAAAUUUUAUGUUGUAAAUCACCUUGAGAACAUUUUGACAGAAAGGCAAGAUGUAAAUGACUUAAAGAAACAAAUAAAUGGAAAGUUUUCACAGUGAAGGGAGUUAAACCAUGGGAUUUCCCCCACCCCAAGAUUUAUAUUGGGUUUGGUGCUGUUUAGAUUGUUUAUAAAUAAUCAGGUGUUGAGAAUGAAAAAUGAGACAGCCAAGUAUUCCUGAUCUAUCAGGAUGGUGAGAUCUAAAGAAGACUGCAAAAGACCUGCAACCUGAGGACUAAGGGGACUUUCUCCUGACUCAUGUUUGUUGCUUUUUCCACUCAGGAGAAGCAAGCACAAACCUGCAUGAACACUUUUUUAAUAUUUUUGAACUGAUUAGAGGGAGAGAGAUUUCUGGUCAUACUUUGAUUUGUAGGUCUCGCCCAGUCAGUUCUUACUCAGUGACUGAUAGCGGGAGAAAAUGGAAAAGUUUGCAAGGUGGGUGUGAAAUGCAUCAAGGAAAUUCCCGCACAAAGACAGGUGAGGCCCUGAGUCAGCAGAGCAUUGAAAAACUAAUUAAGAGGCUACAUGAUCAACUGUAACUGGUUUAAGUGCUAUAGCUUCCCCACAAGGGACCCUGGGAGCUGUAGUGGAGUGUGUGUUGAUGUGGAAUUACCCCUAGCCAAGAAUGCUGAUUACCUCUGAGAAACUCGUUCAUCCAUCCAUCCAUUCAUUUAGCAGUUUUCACAAAGCACUUCAUCCUAUAAUUAUACCCCAAGGCUGCCUUGUUUCAAAUUUAGGAUUAUUCACACAGUGUGGUGUGAUUUUAAAAUAGUUGCCUCACGGUGACUUAACCCUGAUACUGUGAGGUCAAUUGCUGGAGUAAGGAAUAUUUUAAGAAUUUCCUCCAGAAAUUACCAGUUCCAUCACAUGAAUGUCUGUUGUGUAAUUGUUUUUAUGUGAACAAUCCGCUGGGAGACAUUUUGCCUUUUCUUUGGUUUUCCGCAAACCCAGCUGCAUUUCAAGUGUAAAAAUAAACAAUCCUGAUGUGCAGGAAGAAAGCACCCUUUUAUUUUCUCUCUCUUCUGAACAUUUAUUACAUAUUGAUAUUUCCUGAAGAUGAAGGAUCUUUCUGUAAAAUCAAGGGAAGCCAACAGGAUUUUCUGGGCCUGGUACACUAGAUGGGAUGGGUGGAGGGCAGGUUGCGAUUUCACUUUUUUUGUGAAACCUUCAUUUCAAGGGAAUUACCUUUGAGUAAAACAUACAAAAGCCAGCCAGUUAUGCUUUGUUCUGUGAAGGUAGCAUACUUGGGGCAUGAAUGAAAUAAUGUAGACAUGAGGAAAAUGCUUAAACAAACAUACCAGAGUAUCGUCCUCUAUGCCUGUUUAGGGAAGUUUUUAAUGUUUUAGGUUUUAUCACUUCACUUAUUAUUAUUAUUAUUAUUAUUCCAUUGGGAGCCACCCAGAGUGGCUUGUUGUUGUUGUUGUUGUUAUCCAGCUUCCCCUCCUGCCCUUGGAUGGCUCCCCGUCCUGAAUCCCAAAUGGGGGGUAGUCAACAUCCCUUCCUCUGGUUGCUUGGCAACAGUGAUUAAGCAUCCUUCACAAUGGUGUUGCCUGCAAGUGCCAAAGCAUUAGAGUAGCCUCCGUGUUUUGUAACUUUCUUUAGACAUGUCAUAAAAUCAUGUCUAAUUGGCUUACUUUUUUUUUUUAAGGGAAAGCUAAGAGGGGGACCUAGUACAUUUGCACCUCCUGUAGCCCCCUGUUGAUGGCCUUGUGCCCAUCUGCAUAUUGGGUCUUUAGCCCACUUCAGACAUUACAGGAAACCAUGUUUCCCUGUAGUGAGCCCUGGGCUCACAUUAUCUUUCUUCCCAAGAAGGAGAUUGGAACCUUCUGCUUCUGAUUUUAAACAAACUAUGGUUCCUCAUGAUGUCCAAAUCGGGAGUUUAUUAAAACCAGGGUGACUGAGAACAAGCCAGGAUCUUGAUUUGAUUUCUGAUUUUAGCUUGUUCAGAAACUAUAGUUUAAAAACAGAAAUGAUUAAACUUUUGCAGACAGAAGUCCACAGCCACCCUUGACAAACACUGCAGGGUCUGUAUCCCAGAAAUGGGUGUGGCCAAAACUAUGUGUGGCCACCCAGCACACACGCACUCACAUGCACACGACACACACCACAAGCUUAACACAAGUCACCAGUGUGAUGCAGCAGCAAAAAAAACCCCUCAUGCUAUUUUGGCUGCUUCAACAAAAGUCUUGUGUCCCAACCAAGGGAAGUAGUAGUGUUGCUCUGUUCUGCCUUGGUCAGACCACACCUGGAGUACUGUGUCCACUUGGCAGCCAAGAUGAUCAAGGGUCUGAAAACCAAGCCUUAUGAAUAACAGUCGAGGGAAUUGGGUAUGUUUAGCCUGGAAAAGAGGAGACUCAGAGGAGAUAUGAUAGCCACCUUCAAAUGUCUGAAGGGUUGUCACAUGGAGGAUGGAGCAAGCUUGUGUUCUCCUGCCCUGGAGGCCAGAACCCAAACCAGUGGGUUUAAGUUACACGAAAGGAGAUUUCGACUAAACAUCAGGAAAAACUUUAUGACAGUAAGAGCUGCUUGACAGUGGAACAGACUCCCACAAGAGGUGAUGGACUCUCCUACCUUUGUGGUUUUUAAGCAGAUGUUGGACGACAGUCAGUCAUGCAUGAGCUAGUUGAAAUUCCUGCAUUGCAGGAGGUUGGACUCAGGGGUCAGCAAACUUUCUCAGCAGGGGGCCAGUCCACUGUCCCUCAGACCUUGUGGGGGGCCAGACUAUUUUUUUUUUGGGCGGGGGGAAAUGAAUGAAUUCCUAUGCCCCACAAAUAACCCAGAGAUGCAUUUUAAAUAAAAGCACACAUUCUACUCAUGUAAAAACACCAGGCAGGCUCCACAAAUAACUCAGAGAUGCAUUUUAAAUAAAAGGACACAUUCUACUCAUGUAAAAACACACUGAUUCCCGGACCGUCUGUGGGCCAGAUUAAGAAGGCGAUUGGGCCGGAUCCGGCCCUCGGGCCUUAGUUUGUCUACCCAUGGACUAGACCCUUGAGAUCACUUCCAACUCUACAAUUCUAUGGGUCUAUGACCCAUGAGAAACCUUUUCAGCUGAACUAUGCAGAUCAGCUGAUGAGGGGGGUUGAGUCUCCUCAUCAGAUAAUUGAGUUAAUGAGUGAGGAUGAGCAAUUUGCACCCCCAUAAUGGCAUUGGGGUGCCAGGGAGUUGAAACUAUGAAGCCAUGAUGGGAAUAAACAUUGCCCUAUUCCCAAGACAUCACAUUGACUUUCUGAAGUGCCCAGGAGGCACUGCAUCUCUGCCCUGUCCAUUGCCAUGAUGGGAAUGAAAAUCAUUCUGUCACACCCGGUGCUCUGCAGACUAUUUUUUCCCUGCAGUAGCAUCCCUGCCAACAAAUUCAGGAAAUGAGCUGGCAGGCCACCAGAGAAGACUUGAUGCGCUGAUUAGGCUUGCAGGACUGUGGUUUAAAUAGGGCUGCCAUACGCCCAGAUUUUCCUGGACAUUACCGGGAUUUCAAAGGCGGAAUUGAUGUCUGGGGUCAAUUUCCAAAAGGCGGCACUUUGUCCUGGAUAUUAGGCAAGUCAAUCCUAGGUUUGAAAGAAGCCAUAAUUCUCUGAGAUUGGUUGUUAUCAGGAUCUGUGGUUUGCUCAAAACCAUAAGCAGAUGGCUUAUUCAUGUAGCAGGAAACUAUGGCUUCCUCUUAAAUCUGAACUGGGCUUUGGUGGGGUGUUAUUGCAAGUUUUAUUUUCCCUCUUUUCUUUUUUUUAAAAAUGCCUAUGUGUGUGCUCCAUUAUUGUGAAUUCAGUUAAGCCUAAUCUCUUGUCUUUUUCUCUGAAGAAUGACAGACGCUUUCCUCUUUCCUGUAGUUGUCAUUUGGCUGCUUAUAUUGCCCUUUGCUUUGUGUCUCAUUAAUCUGAUCUUGAAGAAACUCCAGAUGUCUCUUCCAUUUCAUAAGAGUGCCUUGCAUAAUUUUGUGUGUCCUUAAGGCUUGCUUUGUUUACCGUAAUUGGUCAAUCUCUCCUGCAGCAUCUGCUCUUGCUCCUUAUAGCUCUGCAGGCUUUGACUGUGACUAAAGUGUACUGUCUACUCUGAAAACAUUUGGUUGCUUGUGUGCUAGGAAUGGCUGGUGUUAAUCCAGGGCCAAGUGAGAAGACUCUCAUUUCCUUGUGAGCUCAGCUUCAUAUACUGGAGGAGACUGUCUCUAGGGCAUAAUAAGUAGCAGGAUAGCAUGUGCUGCUGCAAUCAAGCAGGGAGAAGCAAUACACCAGGAAUGUAUUGUGUACGGCUGAAUGUUGUGUCCUUAACAUGGGACUAUUUGGUUAAAAAUGCAGACUCUGAUUGGUUCAGUUAUAUAGUGACAUCUAACAGACACAUGGCUUAUGUUGCAGGACUAUGGGUGAAAGUAUGGUAAGAGUAUGGGCCGUUGGAACAUUGGAGGACUGAGGAGAAGCUUCUAACACCUUUUCUCCCUUAGCACUUCCUGCCUCUGGCACCAGAGCCAGAAGCUGUGAGAGGCCCAGUGAGAAAGACCUGGCUGGCAGGGACCUCACAUCCAGCUCAUUUGGCUGCCAUUUAUGGGCUGGGAUUGGGGGAAAAACAUACAAAUACUGUACAUUUUGUGAUUAUGCACAUAACAACUCAAUUUUUAAUAUAUUAGAAGCUGCCUCAAAAAACUCAGUUGGUAGGUGUGUUAAUCAAUAAUAAUAAUAAUAAUAAUAAUAUCAACAACAAUAACAACAACAACAAUAAUUUAUUAUUUAUAUGCUGCCCAUCUGACUAGGUUGCCCCAGCCACUCUGGGCGGCUCCCAACAAGAAAUAGUAAAAACACAACACAACAUCACACACUAAAAAAAUUCCCUGAGCCUUCAUAUGUCUUUUAAAAAUCACGUAGCUAUUUAUCUGUUUGACAUUCCUAAAUAAAUAAACAAAAUAGAAGUGGGUACAAUAGGGGAAGAAAGCAGAAUAUAUUUAUUGCCAGGGUAUUAAAUAAAAAGGCAGCUGGACUUUCUGGCAUGUAAACAAACCAGGAUUUCUAGUCUCAUAAGGCUCCAGCAGAGGGCAAGGGGAACCUGGAGAAGCUGUUGUCUUACAAUUCCUUGCUUUGGCAGGCUGAUAGAGAGGGACUAGACUAGAUAAUUGGUAUUUAACCUUCCUGUUCCGGCAAAGUCAGCAAAGUCAGAAGCAAACAGAGUGAUCCAGACCUUCCAUUGGUCAGGUUACAGAGCAGGCAGGCAAUGAUCGAAAGGCCCAGACUCAGAUGAUGUGGUCUAAGGCAGGCUGUAUGCCUGGUGUGUUUGUGUGUUUGUUUGAGGGUUUAUGCCCUGCUCAUCAAUAAAACCCCCAAAUUUCAGAGCUGGAUGAUGAGGCAAGUAGAGGCAAGGCAGGGGUCUACUUAGUACCUUCUGUCAUUAAAAAGUUGUUCAGCCUUGAACAAUUGUAUAGGUUCAGCCAAGCUUUUAUUGAAACUUCAAGUCACUUGUUAUAGUUGGCGUGACAAAGCAUUAGAGUCCCCUCAGGCCAUUAUGGGGGUUGCACUGCUGUACAACAGAGGCCAGACCAGGAAGCUGCCUCUGGUGACCUGGUGGUGUGGGAAUGCUAAAGUCCCCAGUUUGAGACUCCUAGCAAGUUUCACUUAGCAUCUGAAACAGCACCUGUUCUCUGUCAUGCCAGGUAAAUUUCUCAGCCCCACUGGUGAACACCAGCUGCUGGAAGAAGCCCACCUUCAUCUCUACAAAUUACUACAGGGUGGACCUCUUCAAUGGACGUAUGGCGGGAGUGCUGCUGACCUCCAUCUUUGUAACUGUAAUAGAUGAGGUGACUGUGGCUCAUCUAGGCACAUCAGAAGGACGUGUUCUGCAGGUCAGUUAAAAGCUGCAGCUCUGCUUUUUAUAUCUAUUAAUAUGUGUUUAUAAUAUGGUGAACCUCUGUGCUAUCAUCUGCUGCAAGUGUUUAAAUAUCUCUUUAAAUACCAUCAUGUAUUUAAAUGGCUUCUUGUGGUACUUUUAAAGCUGUAAAGCCAAACCAUUAACAUUUAGGAAAUGUUACCAUGUUUCCACUGUCAAAUUAAGCUAAUUUUAUUUUAUUCUCUUCUUAUUCUUUCUACAAGAAACCCUUUCCCUAGUUCUAGAUCUUUGAGGGAACUAGGGAUAACAAACAAGGGUUUUCUCAACAUACUCACAAAAUUAUAAUUCCCAAUGUUUCUUGUAGUAAGUGUCAACAGCUAAACUUCUCAAGGAUUUAUCAUAAUUGAAAUUGCUAUUAGGAAUUACUCUUGGGGUUGUUGGAGGGUUGACCUGCAGAGUAUCAGGAAUUCUGAACAUGAAUCCCGGGUGCCCAAAUCUAUUCAUACGUCUAUUUCAGCAUCUCAUAGCACUUAGCAGUGUGCAGAGAUGUUCAUAAAAACAUGGAGUUACUCUCCUGCUUGUAAUUUGCAGCCCCAGCAGACAGAUGUGGUUGCCAAAUUAAUGAAGAAGUUCCCUACAACUGUCCCUGCGCCACUAGAAACAGCUGCUGAGGGUGUGUAAGCUUUUGUGUGUGUGUGUUCCUAGGUGGUUCUUCCAUCCAAUCUCUACACAAACGUAUUGGCCAACUUCUCCUUGGGGGAGACAUUGCCAGUGCUGCGAGAAGUCAGCAAGCUGAAUGACUCUUUGCUGUUUGUCACAGGAAAAAAGGUAAGAGAUGUGAGGUUCUGAAGCUCGACUGUGCAUGAGAUUUCAAAGGAUGCAUUACUUAUUUGCUUGUUUCUGGGUGGGAGGAGGGUGCUUUGAUUUUUACAAACGGAGAGAAUGCUGAGGUUGCUCUGAUCUCAUCAUCCAUCAUCUCAGACCCAAAGUAUAUAUUCAGGAAAACUGAGUGGCAGAGGCAUUCUGCACCAGUUUAGAGUGCACAUAGAGUGUACAUGUUUUGAUAGCACCCCACAUAAAAAACCUGCCUGCCUGCCUGCAGAAAAUGCAUACACCAGGAAUAAGAGUUCUAGCCUAGUCAUAGAAUAAUAGAAUUGUAGAGUUGGAAGGGACCCCAAGGGUCAUCUCCUCCCUUUCCACAGGCAGAAAAUUUGUGAGGUGGAAGACCAUUCAAUUUACCUCUGGCAUUCUGAGGAGAUACAGUCCUCCAGGACUGAUUGACCCUUAGUAUGAUCCUUUUUGGAAAGAACUAUCUUCUUAAGCUAUGUCAGAGUAGCAGAUGUCUCCCCCUUCCAGAUCACAAAGGCUUAUUUGAGCUACUUUUUCACCUUAUUCUUCCAUUAGCAUUUCCUUGACUCUUCCAGCCCUUUAAAUUUUCAUUUCUUUCUACAGAAAUCCUUUGAACUUGCUGUCUCCAGCCAGUCAUUUAUCUCUCCUAGGAUGUUGGAACUUUAAUUGAAAAAUUGGUGCUUCUAAGUCACCAUUUCAUUGGGCUUCACUUUCUUCUUCUGAUAGCUCUAGGGCUGCCUACCUAGCCUUUUUUGGUCUCAGUGGCUUCAUCAAAUGGAAAAUCCCACUGGAUUUCAGCAAGGUUUUUGGCAUUUUCUGCUGCCAACUCAUUCUAGCUUCACUGGGGGAGAAAAAAAUAUUCUGGUCGGGCAGCUGUAAAACAGAGCUCAGAACUUGAUGACAGCUCCUUGCUGAGACCAGGAGUAUUAGGAGCCCACCUGCUUCGUCUCUCUGAUGUCUUGAUGCCUUGAUACAAGCCACAAGCACCGAGUGGCAGAUGCACAAGGGGGGCUGUUCUGAGGGUAGAUUGCAUUCAUUGGGUUUUUCCUGUUGUGGACCACCCUGGGAAUAUGGUUAAAGGACAGUAUAAAAAUACUUAUAAAUAAAUUGAUUUUCUUGGUGAGCAAAGUACAUGCUGUUUGAAAGAUGUGCUGUUGGAAAGACCAUCAGUCCCCUUGACAAAGGAACAUAGAAAGCUACCUUACAGUAAGUCAGGUCAUUGGUUCAUCCUGCUCAGGCUUGUCAACGCCAAGCACGGGGGAGUUAAGUGCCAGCCCCCCUGUCAAUCACCUGACAUCAACAUGAUGCCAAAGGACCCAUUUUUACUUUGCAGUGUAGCUUGAGUUCAAGCUGUGCUACACAGGAAGAUCCCAGUGGAUCCAAGCCAGCCUUGAAGUCACUGCCAUUUAGCUGUUUGGUGGCGAUGUCAAUCCCUGCUUGGAUUGGCUGCACCCAGGAGUUUCCAGUACUUUAUAGCGAAGCUGAUCCAAGUGGGGCUUGGAUUCUUUGAUGCAAACCCAUUUUCCAGUGAACACUUGGGUGUGCAUUUUAAGGCUCCUUUGGAUACAUAUAUUUUCCUGCCCCACACCUGACUGUCAUACAUGAUACCAGGUGUGGGGCAGUAGGUGGUCAGCCUGCUGGGGAAAAUGGUCUCACAGGGCGUUGGAGGGUCAAUGCUGCUGACCUGCACUGCCUGGCAGUGGCUAUCCAGGGUUUCAGGCAGGGAUCUUUCCCAGUCCCUCCUGGAGACAUUGAGGAUUGAAACAAGGACCUUCUGCAUGCAAAGUUGAGCUCCACCCAUCCUCUUUUGCAACUGUCCAUCUUGCAGGUGUCCCAGGUGAAAAUAACUGGUCCAGGCUGUCGCCAUUUCCUGACAUGCUUCCGCUGCCUGAAGGCAGAGCGUUUCAUGCAGUGUGGCUGGUGUGGAAAUGCAUGCACCCGUCAGGAAGACUGCAAGGCAGAGUGGAACCAGAAGAGCUGCUCUCCUGUCCUCACUGAUGUACGCAAGUAUCUUCUUAUGUAUGAGAUUGCCUAAUGGUACAUUGAGCUAUUUGGUGCUUUGGGACUGCCUUAGUUCUUCCCUCCACCCUUUGUUAAAUGUCUGGCUUUUUUUAUAUUUCUGUUUGUCAAAUGUGUUUGUCAUAAAGCCUAAAGUACUCUGGGCAUCUUGGGACCCAUAAUGCCUGCAUUUCCUGAGACAUGCACCACCUGCAUUUUGCAUUAGUUAUUAUGUUUUCCACGGGGUGUAUUUUUUCUUUUUGUCUUAACCUCUUGCUUUGUGUGUUCUUCCAAAUAGAGCACUUAAGACAUCUCCCUCACCACUGGCUCAACUUCUCGAGUGAGCCAUGGGGGGUGGGGGACAAAAAACAACAACCCACACCCUCCCUCUCUCUUUUACUCUAUGUGACCCUUUUCAUCUUUCCUGAAAGGGUGACUUUAGCAUGGCAUCACUGAACACUGUGUUCUCCUGUGUUUUGCCUAUAGUGAGGGCAGUGUCAUUGUUUCCCAAACAGAAAAUUAGAAAACCCACAAACCUAGCGCAAUGAAAGCCUAUAUCGAUAUUACACAUUCACAUCCUUCGCUAUCUUUUGGAACAACUCACUGCAUUUGACAUACACAAGGAACAGUCAUGUGGGGACAAAGGUGGGCUGAUGAAUUUUCAGCUAUAGCGCGAAAACUCAAGCAGGUUGGGGCUGGUGCACAUGAAACAGCCAGUAUAUGGAGACCACAUACACUUGCUCCUUUUACAGUAGGGGUGGGGGAAAGCUUUUUCAGGCCAAAGGCCACAUUCCCACCUGGGCAACCUUCUGUGGGUGUCAUGCCCGUAGUAGGUGACGCCUGAGGCAAAAGUAGGCAAAGCAAGAAAUGUAAACACAGCCUCUGUAUGGCUGUUAUCAGAGCUCAAGGGCACAUUCCAGACAAGCAUAAAUGCUCAGGGAGGAUAUGACUAGGACUAGUGAGAGGUGUGGAUGGGAGAAGGACGUGUGGCUGAGGACUAGAUAAAGAGAGUUGCCCUUGGCCCCUGGGCCUGAGGUUCCCUAGUUCUGUCAGAGAGGCUGCCUAGACACACACUCCAGGUGUACAGUGGCUCCUCUGGAAUGGGGUCAUCUUCACACCACUGCGGGCAUCUAAAAAGUCUCCUUGAUACUAAUAAAGAGUCUAUGCAUAAUCAUGGUUUGCUGCUAGGGCUGAUUAAGACUGUCUUUUUGUGGCUUUUGAUGUGUCCGCACUGCGAUUCCUAUAUUCCGUUAAGGUGAGUUAAUAUUUAGCAGAGCAAACCGUUCUGAGGUAAACUCUUAACCAUUAACAUUAGUCACUUGUCGUCACAGGGAGUCAUUAGGUCAAAUUACUUUGGCUUCAAAAAGAGGCAGAGUAAUAUAGCUUGAUAAAGGAAUAAAUUUAAACUUCUACUUCACUCUUUCUUUAUUCAUUUUUUAACUAGAUAAAUAACAUAUAAAAAUAUUAUUAAAGAAGCACACUUAGAGUUGUUUAAAUGUUUCACCAUUUGCAUAUUUUGCUCCCUGUAUUAAAUUUUAGGCAAAUGCUGUGAUACCGUGUUUAUACUGAUUUUGAAUAUGGGCAGCAGAUUCAGAUCUAAGCUCACCCUUGAAGCAAACUGGGUGGCCUUCAUCAAGUCACUUUCACUUGGCCUCAACAGUUAAGAAAAAUAAGUUUGUUGUGAGCAUAAAGCAAGGGCGUAUUAAAUGUUCCUGCUCAAAUGUUUUCAGUACCAAAGUAGCACUUUCAAGAAGUGGGAAUAUCCCAGCUUGCUGCUAUUCACCCUUGUUCAAGGUUUGGUUGGUGACUUCAUCGCACCAUUAGUUUAGCCUGACCAUGCCAGCCUUGAUCCUAGACAGUUUUUGAAACCACAUGUUAACUAAUUGCAGGUAAUUGGGAUAUAUGCCAAUUUGUGUUCCCCAUAUGGACUGUGUGCACCUUUUACUGCAUGCAGGUGAACUUUCCUGCACUUGGUCUGAGCAACAGCUUAUCCUAAUAAUUCAUUCAACAUCUUUCCUCCAAAUGGAAGUGAAUCAUAACCUAAGGCUUUCUGCAGCAGUUAGAGAAGGGCCUGGAGAAAAAAAUGCCAUUCCCAUGUAAGUUCUCUUUGUGUCAGAGUAUGUCUGCAGCAUUGCCUGGUGCCAAUAACUGGGUCUUACUGGUGUUUGGCACUUGAGCAGAAGACAGGUGUAUCUAAGGUGUAUCAAAUAUUGCUGGUGACUGCGUAAGUAAAGCUUUUGUAUCAUCUGCUUUCACAGUUCUACCCCAGAAAUGCACCACUACAAGGCAGCACUAAGGUGACACUCUGUGGCUCAGGCUUUCGUUCAGGUUCAUAUUUCAGUGGCAUGGAUGCCUCACCUUCAACCCUUGGUGACUACAAGGUUACAGUGGGACGGAAGAAUUGCACCGUACUGUUUGAAGAGAGCCUAGAAAACAGGUAACGUUUGAAAGUUAAAAAACACGCAGCCUGCAAACAUUAUUCCCCCUUCCUUCUUUCCUGUUCACUUUCUCAGCCCUGCAUCUACACAGACUAGCAUUCUGUAAAUGUUCCUUAUGCAUGUAAGAAAGGUGUGCAGAGAGGAAUUCUUGGUGGCUGUUUUUCUUUGAAGAUUCACCACAAUCCCAGCCUGAGCACCUUCUGGAAGACUUGUUAGGCCUGUGUGUGUGGGCUACCUUUGCAGGGUGAAGGCAGGUUGGAUAGGUCAGUAGAAGCAUGGAGACUUCCCAUGGUGUUUUAAUUAUAUAUAAAUUUGGAGAAGUUAAGGGCUAUGUUCAACCAUCUGGUCCCGCUAGUGGAAGUCUGCACAAGGGGGAGGAGAGGAGAGGAGAGAGCAUGCCAUCAGGCAAGCAGAAAUUUUUCAGCUGGUGGAGCAGUCUGCUUAGCACUAUUGAAUUAUACCCUAUAUUUUGGGGUUGAAAGCUGCCCUGAGCCUUCAAAAUAAGAUGGACUAUAAGCAGGCAGACUAUAAUGUACAAAGUUAAGCAAUAUUCCCUCUCAUCCAGGAGUUUUACAUUCCGGGUUGGCGUUCAAGAUCGAAGGGAAUUCCUUUGUGCAUGCUUGUCCCAUGGUCCCUAUGAAGAACUAUCUCCCUUUGGUGUUGUUCUUCAGUGCUUCACACCAGGAACAUACUGAGUGAUGCGUUGAUUAAGGGCUGGUCCACAUUUCCACUUGUCCUGUGCCUAGAAAGCAUGGGUCUGAGGGGUUUCACCCUUGUCCUGUGCUUUCUAGGCACAGGUAUGAGUGGUUUUCCAUUUACCCCACUGCGUUCCCUGGGAAAACCCAGCACUGAAUAGGAGCAAACACCAAUCUGCAGAAAACCUGAUUGACAUUUGUUCCGAUUCAGCACCAAAGAGCAGGUUUUCCAAGCAGAUAGUGGAAGGACAAGUGGAAGUCUGGAUGAGCCCUUAAUCUCAGAAGCCUUGGCUGACAAUGGCACAGUGCUCUGUUCAGACUCCACAUGGUAUGUGUGAGGCCAGAUGGGGAGAGUGAGGCCACAGCUGAUAAGCUGUCUGGGGAAAACUGGUGGAAAAGUGCUCUCUUCUCUUGGUUUGGACUCUGUGUUUUCACUGCUAAGGGACAUUAAGCCAGCAGUGGUCUAAUGUUUUCUUCAGCUUCUGGUAUCUUCCUGAAGGAAAAUGGGGCCAGCCAAGGGACAAGUUUAGGAAGACAUGGGGCUUUGUAGAGGUACGGUGUAGGUUGUGUGGGAGCCUUAGUGAACAGACUCUCUUUCUCCUUUCACCUCAGAGUGUUUGUACCACUCAGCGUAAAUGAAUUUUUGUGUGGUUUGUUGUUCUUCCCUCACAGCUCCCUGAGCACCAUUAGAAGGGAAUUACAAUAUGAAUAAAACAUUGGUGCUGGUUUAGAAUGUUCUUUUCCAGAGCUCUCAAGAUGAAAGUAUGAAAGUACUGUGGAGUGUAGAAUAUAUGUGGCAUCCAACAAUCUCAGUAGAAUCCUGAGAUUCUAAGCAUUUUUUUACGGGGGGAGAAUUUUCUAGUCUUCAUGGUUGCAGAGGUCCUGCCAGUUCUGUGAGGGUAGCAGUUCAGUUAUUGAGUAAUUCACCCCUUUUACUUAGCGCAGUGCUAGCCAUGUGGCUAAAUCCAUCUCUCUCUCCUUCUCAUUUAAUCAAUGUAUUCAUAGACUAGAUGCAAAAUGCGGGGCUUAUGCUUAGAAUAUGACUUUUUCUAGAGUUCCUUCUGGUACUUCUUUCUGCCUGUGUGAGGCCCUCAGAUGAUGUCAUAGCAGCCUUACACUUACAUGUUGAAAUCAGGAGAGGAGACAUUUCUGUGUGUCACAGUUUAGACAUUGGCAGCUUUCCCGGAGCGGAAAUGAAACAGCAGUUUCUACUGUUCCCUAUUAAUACAAAUAGAGUUUCACCUCCAUGGCCCAUGCUGGAGUCAGUCAUUCUAGUGAGCUUUGAUCUGCAUUAAGCAAAAAACUAAAACCAACAACUGAGCAUUGUCUGGCAGCAUUUUCUUCGAGAGGGCAGGUCAUAUUUGGGUAAGGAAAUGCCUCUUAAAAACUGUUUAGAGGGAGAAACAGAGGUAUAUAGGAAGACAUAACAGGAAUCACAGUUGUUACGUCUUGCUGUCGCCCGAUCCAUUUUUCACAUCUAACUCUGGACUCGUAAAUGGAAUAGGUGAAUUGAAUUCUUCCAUUCCAUAAAUGAUCAAGUACAGUGGUGCCCCGCAAGACGAAUGCCUCGCAAGACGAAAAACUCGCUAGACGAAAGGGUUUUGCAUUUUUUGAGUCGUUCCACAAGACGAAUUUCCCUAUGGGCUUGCUUCGCAAGACGAAACGUCUUGCGAGUUCUUGCGAGUUUGUUUCCUUUUUCUUAAAGCCGCUAAGCCGUUAAUAGCCGCUAAGCCGCUAAUAGCCGCUAAUAGCCGUGCUUCGCAAGACGAAAAAACCGCAAGACGAAGAGACUCGUGGAACGGAUUAAUUUCGUCUUGCGAGGCACCACUGUAUUUCCAAGCUGGAGCCCUUGGUUGACCCAAGCUGAUCCAUCACCACAAUCCCUAUUGAGGAUGAUGAUAAACCCUCUGUGAAGGAAGCAGUUGAUGGAGUUAUAAUAGCAUGCUGGAGCCCAGGCAUUGUGUAUUUACAGAAGCUGGCUCCCUGAGUUCACCCUGCAAUAUGCAGGUGUGCAUUCAAAGAAAAUUGCCACAAUAAUAUAUAUGUAUGGACCGUAUUCAACUAACUUUUACUCAGAGUGAACCUCUUGAAAUGGAUGGGCCAAAGUUAGCACACCAUUUUUUGCCUACUUACAUCACGAAAAUUAGGGUGUGCAUUAGGUUUUAAGGCUCAUUUAUAUUCGCCAGCAAAUCCUUUUUUGGUUUCAAGGUUUUGAAAAUUGAGGCACACAUUAGAUUCGAUGGCACAUUAGAUUUGCGUAAAUACGGUAGAUUCCAAAAACCAUGGAAUAAGCAAACAUAAAACCUAAAUUUCUAUAUUUUUCUGAAGGUGCUCAUCUAUUAACAAGAAUAAAAAGGACUUCUCCUAUCCUACCCCAUUAAAAGAGAAGCAUUAAAACAGACCACAGAACAUAUCACAUUUCAGUUUAAAUUGAGAUCCCAAAGUCUGAGUCUUUGACUGGUUCCUCAAAACUGGCAAUUUUGGCAUCGAUAAGCGUUCCUGGGCACAGCAUUCCAUAGAUGGGCAACUACAAUGGAAAAGACCCAUCCUCUUGUUGCCACUUUCUGCAAACACACCCUUCAGAGAUGAAUUGCUGUAAGGGAGAGAUGCGGUACUUUAUCUUUUUUUAAAAUAAUAAUAAUAAUUUUAAUUGAUUUUCUUUCUUACAACAAAUAUCCAUCAUCAUUACUAAACAUUCAUUUUCCAGUUUCCCCCCUACCUGUUGACUUCCCUCAGCUUCCAUUGCUGGUUUGUUACAUCAAAUGAUACAAUCUGCUGUUUGUAUUUAAUACUAUGUUGUCCCAUUGUUAUACUUCUUGUUCUCUUUAAAUAAAGUUCUAAAUGUUUAUUUAAACCCUGCCAAUGAGUUCAUUUUUUGUUGUUGUUUCUGCAAAUAUGUUAUAAAAGGUUCCCAUUCUUUUUCAAAGUCACUAUUGUCCUUUUCACACAGCUUGUCCCUUAGUUUUGCUAACUCUGCAUAGUUCAUAAACUUUUCUUGCCAUUGUUCUUUUGAUGGUAUUUCUCCAGUCUUCCAAUUUUGUGCUAUUAAGAUUCUUGCUGCUGUUGUAGCAUACAUGAAUAAUGUCCGUUUUUCUUUCGGCAGAUCUUGUACUAAAAUACCCAACAAAAUGCUUUUGGUUUUUUAACAAAUGUUAUUUUAAACAUUUUUUUCAAUUCAUUGUAUAUCAUUUCCCAUUUUUUUAAAAAAAUAUAUCUUGCAAUCCCCCCACAUAUGGUAAAAUGUACCUUCCCCUUCUUUACAUCUCCAACAGUAAGGUCACAUCUUUCUGUCAAAUUUGGCUUGCAGGGGUAGGGAGAUAAGGAACUGGCCUGCAGAUCAGAUAAUGUACCGCAUCUUUUUUUUUUUUGUGGUACAUUAUAUGACCUGCAGGCCAGUUCCUUAUCUCCCUACUCCUGCAAGCCAAAUUUGACAGAAGGAUGUGGCCUUACCCACCUGUCAGUCACCUGCCAUCACUAUGACAUCAGGUGAUGCUACACUUUGAAGCCCUGCUUCCUUCUGCUGGAGCAAGGGAAGCAGGCAUUGUUCAUAAACUGAUGGGAGCGCACCUUGCUCCAACAAAGCAAUAACCUUGAUCUCAUGUUAAAUUCAUUAAUGUUCUUUUGAAGCCACACCCUCAUGUAUGACAUCAGGUGUAGGGCAGGUAGGUGUGGCCUGCCUGAAACAGCCCUGCAAGUCAAAUGUGGAGGUCCAGCUAGCCAGGUCUGGUUCACAGGCAGGAGGUUCCCCAUAUCUGCCCUAAGGUUAGUAGUGUACAAGUGAACUAUUUUGAAUAUUUUUCCAUUUCAUGGUGCUAAAGAGCCACUAGGCUUUAUUAGGCAGAUCAUAAUCACAUUAGUUUCUUGUGCAUCCUUUCAGCACCCUUUUUGCUUUUCAGGUACAGUGAAGUGCCGCGCUGGAAAGAUUAUGUUGAAGUUAUUGUCUGCACUUUGACACCAAAAGAGGAAGUGAACAUGCUGGGGCCACAGAAGGUUGAGGUCACUGUUGUAGAGAAGGAGCACACCCCAUUUUUCAUCAGUGGCUCCUCAGUCCUCAGUGGCUUUGAGUUUAAGGUGAGCUUUGGUUUCUUUCCACUACCUUUGCUCCUGCAUGCUUCUUCAUGGCUGUUGUUCAUUGAUGUAAUGAGAAUUUAAUAGACCCGCUAAGAGCCAGUGAUAGGCGUUCUGGUGCUCUGCAGCUGGUGUUUCAUGGGGGCUAGUGGUGCAGAGGCAUAAUGCAAGAUUGCUGAUCUCAGCUACUGGGUUUGGGUGCUUUGGUGGGAAACCUGCUUUGUAUUUUUAAACUCCCAGGUCCAGCCCUGGCUUUUCUGCUUAAGAAAUCUCUAACAUCAAGUUUUAUUACUUGAGAACAAGUAAUCAGCCACUCUAGGCAAACACUUCUCCAGAAGGUCUUGCAGCCUCUACUUUUAUUCUGUUUUCUGGCUGUUGAUCCUGAUGGUCAGGAUUUCUUUUAAUAUUUUACACCAAACUACCUUGCCACAGCUUAAAUUCAUUACUUCUUACCCUUACCUCAAUGUCUGUCAAAAACAGUGGUCUUCCCUUUUCUAUCUCUAAGUUAGUUACAGGGCUCAGAGAGUUUGAUACAGUGAGUUUAGCAUUUCUUCUCUUCACUAUCAACAGCUGCCUAAAAUAACUUCUAUCCAUCCACCGUACGGCCCACAGGCUGGAGGAACAGAGAUCUUUAUCCAAGGACAAAACGUUCUGGUGGGAGGCACAAGGAAGGUGAUGGUUAAUGGUCGGGAUUGUCCCUUGGUCUCAAGGGAAAGGUAUGGCAAAUAGUGACACUUAAUUGUAACAUUGGCUUGUCGGACUGGGAAUUGCAUUCAUGGCCUUUGAUAAAAGAUAGAGCUAUGGUUUUCAAAAUACAUUUAGAAAGUUGAUUAACACAUUUUUUACCACCUUCCAGAUAUGUUGGAUUUUUCUCAUUUUCUAGCACUCUAGCAUUAAUGUGAAGCUAGUGGACUGACCACAGACAUUAGCUAGGCUGGUUUGAGGCAACCUUAUAAGAUGGUACCAGCUUCCUUAUCUCUCCAGUUCUUUUGGUAUUAUCUCCAGGAAAAUGAUACAGAGUAUCUAAAUAUAAAUGGUCAGUGUUUGAGGUGUCAAAAAUAUCCUUCCCACAUCUUGAUGAUGCAACAGACAGCUCUUUUCCUGUGUUCUUUUGUGUGUAAAUCUGUGGUUGCCUGCCCCUACACCAGUCAUCAUCUUCUUCUUCUUCUUUGGCAAUUGCUCGUAGUCAUACUUUCCUAAUGAGUCACAGUCUCUAUUGCUUGUGUGAAAGCAAAUGAACCGAGUAGAGCUUUGCAGGGCAUGUGAGUUCAUAGCCAUCUGCCCUCUCCCUUUGUUAUGAAUGGUUAUGAAUACUCCCAUAAUCAUGCUUACUCUAGGCAGAGGUAUGUGAGGGAGAGGACAGCCACCACUCCUCUUAUCAACCAUCUUCUGCCUAUACAGUACUGUAUGGAAGGAAAGUUUUAGCUUGAACCCACUAUUUUUUAAGGUUCCUCAAAAUGAAUGAGGAUGACUUAGGAUCUAGUUACAACUUCAGUGGAAGAUAGAAACAUGGUUUCGCAUCUCUUCUCUAUCCCAUAGUGCAUGGUGGUUGUGGUCAGAGCUGGUGCCAGGCCAUGGCACAGUGCUAGUAGUCCACUCCUCAGCACCCACCCCAACCAGGACAGGACCUUGCCUUACUUGCCAUGGCUGUGGAGGCUGCCGCAUGCUUUCUCAGCCUUCAUCUAUCCCCCAUAUGCUUCAGAUGGACGAGGAACAGCACUUCAGAAUGGGAACUAAGCUUGGUUCCCAUCUACAGCCACCAUCUUAAAUUACCCACAAUGCAAAACUCAGACCCAUAUAGCCCUAUUAGACUAUGAACCUAUGAAAGCAACACAUUUGCUAGAUCUAUGUAGUGGGGCAUGGCAUUUUGGAUCCCUUAGAAUUGUGGGUGUCCACUAUAGAUGGGGAGCCAAGCUGUUAAGCAGCAGCACCACUUCCACUCACCAAAUGAAAAGCAUCCAAGGUGAAUGGCAGCACAGCCAAGGGCAGAGCAGUGAGGGGACCCCCCCCCCCAAGUCCUUGAACCCCUCAGCCAGUGCCUCACCUAGCUGGACCACGGACACCGGGUCUGGUUAUGCUGCAUCUCCUUAACUAAAUUAGCCAUGCUCUUAUUAGGCUGUGCCACAUGAGUCUUGUCAGGACCUGCAUCCCUGGUGAAGCAUUCCCACAUCUCCCAGAGUGAGCAGGCGCAGAUAAUUGUGUGGGGGACCCCCUCUUUACAUGGUGGCAGUUUGCAGGCAUGGCCCAGCACCGUGACAUAACAUACAAUGAUGCAAUUAUGCAAAGGACUGCCUCCACCCUGACCUUGUGGAGGAUGGGACUAAAUGGGAGGUGGCUGAGCAGGGCCUUACCAUGCUGUUUGUCUUCUUUUCCCCAGCCAGAAAGAGGAAGCCAUAAUUUGUGCCACCCCUCCUGUGAACAACCUGGGCAACGCUUCUGUGACUGUAGUAAUAGAUGAACAGCCGUUUCUUUCUCCGAAGCCCUUCUGGUAUCGAGAAGAUCCCCAGAUACACCAUAUCUCUCCCAACUGCAGCUAUGAGUGAGUGGACACCCUUAUUCAGCCUUCAUGAACCUGGUGCCCUCCAGAUGUUUUUGGAAUAUAACACACACACACAGCUAGCACUGCCUGGGGCUGCUGGAAGUUGUAUUCCAAAACAUCUGGAGGGCCCUUGGUUGUCAAAGGCUGCCCUCAUUCUUGGAAGAAUGUCUUCUUUCCGUCCUGUGUCAUUGCAUUCCCUAUUCUAGGCUUUCUGGGAGGCACAUCAUGUUAUUUAUGAAGCAAAGUUCCUGGUCCCAAGCCAUCAAAUAUCUCAUUUAACCAAAUUAAAUGGAAGCUCCAUAGCAACAGUGCUAUUCAGUGCAGAUAAAAUGUAAAGGGACCCCUGACCAUUAGGUCCAGUCGUGACCGACUCUGGGUUGCGGCGCUCAUCUUGCUUUAUUGGCCAAGGGAGCCGGCGUACAGCUUCCGGGUCAUGUGGCCAGCAUGACUAAGCCGCUUCUGGCGAUCCAGAGCAGCACACGGAAACGCCGUUUACCUUUCCGCCGGAGCAGUACCUAUUUAUCUACUUGCACUUUGACGUGCUUUUGAACUGCUAGGUUGGCAGGAGCAGGGACCGAGCAACGGGAGCUCAUCCUGUCAUGGGGAUUCGAACCGCCAAUCUGCUAUUCAGUGCAGAUACCCGGAGGUAAAUUGCACUGAGGUCAGUGGGACUUAAUCCCAGCUAAGUGUAUGUAGCAUUGGGCCUAAAUCUCAUCCUAAAUAGGCCUUAGACUGGCCUACACAGACCUGGAUGUUUAUACCACCAGGAACUGAGAACUGGAUGUACCAUUACCGAUUUCCUAUGUUUACUGCUCAGGUCCGCCUACACAACCAGGAUAUACCUGUAGGAUCUCUUGAUAUGGAAACUUUUUCACAGCCUUCUGAUUUUUAUUCUUCAGGGGUUCAAAUAUCUCCAUCAGUGGCACCAAUUUGGAUUCAGUGUAUUAUGCAAAGGUGCAGUUUGAGUCUGCCGGAGUGCUUACUGAAGCUAAGGUGAGUAUUCUAGGUGGAGGGAGAGAAAUGAAGUUUGCAAUCCUAAGCACACUUUCUAGAGCGCAAGUCCCAUUGGCCUGAGUAAACAUGCUGCAUAUAUAAGAUACUCACCAUAUCAAAGUGACCCUUCUCCAUAUAAAGAAACAAAAAGGACUUACAGUACUUCAGAGGAAUUCUGUGUUUAAGCAUUAGAAAUUCUUAGUUUCAGAAUUUUAGAUGUCUUCUGUGAAACAGAUUCCCGCAAGUGUGGGACACCCAGUAAGAAUACCUCCCUGUAUGUCCUUGUAGGGACUUGUCUCAGAGAUGGACUAAUGGAGAGGAUGUUCUCUGUCAACCCAAUAAAUCAUUACAAUUUGAAGGGGGGAAGACAGUCUGUAGUGACGUUUUAGCUCACCAACAGGUAAUGCAAAAGCAAAGUUUGUGCGGGAAGGUGCCUCCCUGCUGCUAAAUGAGUAAGAAUAUCCUUGAAUAGUUCUUCCAGGACUACCUAAAGGCAUUUUCUUUCAUUUGUGUGAAAAGAUGAACUGAGGGGCACCUAGCUAUGUAUAGAUUGUGGUUGUUUUAUCCUCAAACAUUUACAUUUCCUUUAUGGAACGUACACUUUUACAACCUUUUUAGUUGUCCCCACCCCCUUAUAUUUCAAGUACUCGGUUGCUGUUGUUUUUGACUUUAUUUUCAUUCUUCUUAACAAUUUCUCCUUAUGUUUUGCCUUAAAUAAACCUGGUUGUGAAUCUGCUCAUUGUAAAACCUUUCCCCAUCAAAUCACAUGAAAAGUGCUGGAAUUGUGAAUAGUUUGUUCAGCAAUUAACAUCCUUCAGAAUUUUUAUCCUGGAUGAUCGUAUCAUGUCUUGCCGUGGCAGAUUAAAAAAUCAUUUUUGUCAAGGAUUGGAAAAAGAGACCAAAAACUGUAGGAAAGGGAUAGAAUACUGUGCAGGGUAUAGAGGAGGAGGAGUUGUUGUCGUCUGUAUUUGUAGGCCACCUUUCAGGGUGGUACCAACACAUUUAAUAAAAUGCCAGCAUGAAGAGUAGAUAAAAAUUGGAUUAAAAAAAAAAAGUAAAAUGUGCUUUAAAAAAAUAUUCAGAACUGUUUAAAGUAGAUCAUUAAACAAUAAAAAUGCUAAGUUUCUCUUAAAGAAUAACUUGGUGAAUAUUAAAUGAUAUAAAUAUAUUAGGCCUAAUUUCUAAACUGAAUCGAUGUCUUCUAUUGAGUUAAAGGAAUAUUUUCUAUGAAAAUGAAGAACUUGUUCAAUUAUUUCUCAAAUAUGAAUUCUUAAACUCUGCCUGAUUUGCAGAUUUUAGAUGUUUACUAUUGUUUAGGAAAUAUAUGAUGAAGUAUCACCGAGAGACUUAAUUAUUAUUAUUAUUAUUAAAAUGUGCCCUUUCCCUCUCACUGAUUUAAUCAUGAUUUAAAUCCUAUCGAUUCAGCAUGGUAAAAUAACAGUGUCAAGGAAGCAACAAAAUUGAUCAUUAAUAGGUACAGAGCAGGCAAAUUAAAUACAGCAGCACAGAAUGCAUAAUUAAGCUAUGGAAUUUAUGUAGUUGGUCUUUCAUGGUAAGGCAUAUUCUUCAACCCCUGAAUUUCACACUGCCCUUCCUAUUUAGUUUACAGUAAGGUGUGCCCUUGAACAGAAUCCAGUGUUCCAGCAGUGAUCAGAUAGAUAUAACUAAGUCAAAUGAAGUUAAACUGUUCUCUUGAUGUCUUCAGGAUUGUAAGGGGGAAAGGUCUGCUACGAGCCUCGUGUGCCAGAGUCCUCGCUACCCAUUGGAAAACAAGGCAGCGAGCAUUCAUGGGAACCUGAAGAUCUUGAUGGAUGGAGCUCUGAGGCACCAGACGUUUCGCAUCCGCUACUACCCCAAGCCAGUGAUUUACCCCUUUGAGCAGCAAGACCAAUUGUACACAAUCAAUCCAGGAGAGGAUGAGAUCGAGAUCCAUGUAUGUAAUUGUCAGUCGGGCAACAAUAUGUGUGAACAAUAUUGCUGUGCUCACCUGAGCAGUGUGGCAUCAGAAAAACCUAGGCUGCAACCCUAGGCAACACCCUCCCAACACCUGGGAAUAGGGUUGUACUUCUGAGUAAACAUGAAUAGGACCACAGCCACGGAGGACAUAGCAGCAGUGUCUGCAAGUGGGGUUUUCUGGGAAUGUGUAAUUCUCUGCACAAAGAAGCUGCUCCAUUGGCUGUUUUGAAGUUUCUCUGAAGUUGCAGUGCUCAUAUGUGUACACCACUUCCAUAGUUUGAAGUUAACUCACAGAGCCAUUUAACAGCAUAUGAAUUGGUGUGUGUGUGUCCCAUUAAAUAAAAUGGCAAGGGUGGUGCUGCUGUUUAUAGUUCCCCCUGUACUAGAUGUGAACUGGAGGGGAUUGGGAUGAGGGUAGGGAUGCUAAAGCGUCAUCAGAACAGUUUCUUCUGGAUAGACAAAAGUGCUUGUAAAUUCAGAGCAGGGUUACAUGGGAGUCUGGGAAACAUGGGGAAACAAAGCCAAGAGGCCCAGUGAGGAAGAUCUUUUCCCAAAAUGGGUUAACAUAUAUGUCUUUAUUUGUUUGUACAGCAUAGAGGACUGGACGCUCUGGCAGGCUGCAUGGCGAUCUCUAUGACAGUGGCUGGCAAAGAAUGCCACCCCACUGUGCUGAAAAACGAGGUGACCUGCCGAAUCCCCGGGGACCUGAACUCCCCUCUGCAUCGUUUGCCAGCACAGGUGAAGCUUGCAACAGUUCUCUGCAACCAGCACUGAUGCCGUGACAUGCUUCUCUCUCUGCCUCCUCUGGCCCAUUCUCCUUUUUGCAGCUUGGCCUCCUCCCAUCUUGUCCGUUCUGGCUGCUUUUUCCUCUGAUACCGUUCAGUCACUCAUUUGGUUUUUCCACUACUGGCUGCAGAGGAAAUGGAACUGAACAAACGUGGGGCAUUAGCUCCAUGCAUUCUCAUUCUGACAAGCUUUUGCCCCCUUACUUCUGCUUCUCUCUCCUUUUAAAACAUAUAGGCUAUUUAAUAACGCAUGUUUGAGAAGUAGCGAAGGCAGCAGCUAAGCAUGACAUGGCUCCCAGGAAAACUGAUCUGGGUCGCAUCCUGUGGAUGUGUCAUCCCACGUCAUCUGUAACAUCUGGCCUUUGUAGCAACUUGUGAGCUCAGAGCAGACUUAAUUCUGACCUUUAAAGAAAGUCUUUAAAGAAAUACCUGGCAUAUCCAAACCAAACAAGCCGCAGAUACAUUUUUACAGCAGAAAGUUGGGAAAUUUCUGGCUCCCCUUGGCACUACUCCUUAGACUCAUUUUUCAUUAGGAAAGGGUUUUUCCGUGUCUGGAAUUCAGCAGGGACUCUUAAUAGUUUAAAUAAAUUUUAAAAAUCCAUCUGUGUAUCCACAAGACUCUCAGGAGUGGGGGUGAGAAAGAGAUGGAUAAUCAGUUUUACUGCCUUGGAGCUCCUUCACUGAACAGCACAUGGUGAAAAAAUUGGUUCUGGUGCCCAUGCUUGCAUCAUUGCCCACAUUCUAGAUGGCACUGAUUUUCAAAGGCACACCCAGUAUGACUCUAAAUACUUUCCCUGGGUUAUUCUCAGCUGGUGUGUGUGUGUGGGCACUCUCUGUUCUCAGAGGCAUUGCUACAGGCCAACUAUGGAAUGCAUGUGCGUUCUCUCUCUCUUUUUGUCUGGCCAUUCUAGAGUUUAGAAUUUCUUGUGUGUGUGUUUUAAAGUUUAUUUGUGUACAGAGCAUGCCAAAUCCUGCCUAAAGAAGGAGUCGGCUACUUGUGGUCUUAACUACUGAAGAGGGGGUGGGGUGGUGGGUUGUCUGUCACUUCUAUAGAUUCUGUGAGAGAAAUUACACUGUAUACGUGACUCUCUGAUUGCUUCCUGCCCCUCUUGGGUUCCUUCAGGUUGAGAGAAGGACAAAGGGGAGGAGAUGUUUAUCCUUUUCCCUAUUAGCUGUUUUUCAUCCUCAGUUUAUCACUCCCUGGCACACACCCUUGCUGCUUUUCUCCUCAAGGGAACAAAAGACACAGCUCUGUACCAUGUGUCCUGCUGCCAUCCUGCUACCCUCCCUCCAGGACAUUUCAUGGUUCUCCUCCUCCUCCUACAAGAGCAUCACAACCUUAGCAGAGAUGUCUUCUUUGCACUUGAGUCUAGACUUAAGGAAUCCUGUGCAAAGAUGAAGCCCUGCACUUCCCCUUUCCCAUGAUCUCUUUUCUUCCUGCCCUGUGAUUCCUCCUACCGCUAUCAUCAUCCCCCUUCUGGGCAGGAAACAGACCCAACAGACGGACUCCAACAGCCCCCUUCCAAAAUGUCACCACAGCACACAUGGAGUCUCACCAACUAUGCCCUUCCAUGGAAUCCAAACCUUGACUGACCACAAGCUUUGGGACUAAUAGUGCAAUGUACACAACAGCCCUCCAGGCUUCUAAACAAACUAGGAUACUUGAGUUGCUCCCUUUCUGUCCAGCUGGCAAUUUGUUAUACAAGUUUACUAAUGUGUGAUAGUUCAGUACGCUAAAGCUUUGCUACCUCCUGGCUCCUUCCUGCCCAUUGAACGCCAUUGAUCUGGCAUGGCUGAUAACCUGCUUCCAUCAUGUCCUUUCCUCCUUUUAGAUUUGUGUGAAUGGAAACUGCACAGACCUAGGCUUUGUGGUUGUGAAAUCCUCCUUAUCUCCUGUUGCUGUUACCUUGGGGACCAUUGUAGCCAUCCUAUUCCUCGGCUUCUUGGCAUUUUUCGUGUUGAAAUUCAUGCAGCGGAAGAAGAAGAAGAAGAAGAAGUCAGGUAAACUGCAAGCUUCUCACAAAGCUUUCUGAUCAGAGCAGAGCUUUCAAUAAAGGUAUUCAUUCAACUGCAUUUCUCCAGUGUUUUAAUGAUUGUGCUGGUUUGCGUCUAACUGUGAGGCCUCCAGUCAGAGCAUUGGCAUAUAUCAAAUCUGGCUUAGUAACUGGGCUGGCAAGAUGGGCAGGGUUAGGCAUGGAAGGGAGAGGCUGGGCGUACAAACUAGGAAAGAGAACUGAGUGUUCCUUUUUGUUUCUGCAGGAACUGAAAACUUGGAAAGACUCUCAAGCCUCAACAGGGGCAUGACGAGUAUCCCUCUCCUUCCCUCCAACCCUAAUUACACAGAUACUGCUGGUAAGGAUGCAUAAAGAGACUCUUAACAGCUCCUAGUGCUUUGGAGCAGCUGGGAUAGGGUCAUAUAAGUGGUCUGGUCUAGUGAUUUCCUAUCGUGGGAUUGCCUUGGCUUGGGCAGCAGGCUUAGUCGUAUGGUAUAUUUGGCUUUGCACUAGCAAUCAUGUCCCAAGUUGAUACCAGGAUUCACAUCACCAUCUCCGCAGUUCACUCUAAAUGGUCCUAUAAACAAAAAGCACUGUGCUCAAACACCUAUCCCUUUCCAUGCCCCAGUUCCUUUGGUCGUUUUGUUUGGGAGGAACAUGUGGCAUUCCAUUGACAUGUGGGGACACCGUCUUGCCAGGAAUCCAGAAGUGACCCCGUGGCAGGAGAUGCAAAAUGAACAAUUAUUACCAUUUCGCUAGCACCUAUCUAAUGCCAGGCUCCUCUCCUUUGUUCUCUUGAUGGCACUGCUCUAGCAGAGCCCCGUACUUCUAGAGUGAGUCUAGGAAGCGCCUCUUACACAGGAAGCAGUGACGGUUCUGCCAUGCCCUUCAUGCGGGUACCUUCUUACUCCAUUAAAAAUUUUCGGCCGCAACUGUUAGAAGAGGUGAAGGACGUUCUAAUCCCAGAAGAGCAGCUGGUUAUGCAACAGGACCAGAUCAUUGGCAAAGGUAAGUGCUCUUGAGGUUGCCUGUAUCAAUCACCCAUGGUGUGCAAAGCUUUGUUACAAUUUCUACAAAUUGUGUUUGAAGAGUACCCUUACCCACACCGCCAUGCUAGAUGCGUUUUUAGGUGCUUUUCUCUGUUAGGCAUUUCUAGUUACCAUAUUGAAAGCACAGACUUCAGGGUUACUUAGGGUAGCACCCCAUGAAGUUGUCCUACUAGCAGAAUGAUUUCUGCCUUUGCAGUGGGACUUCAUCUCCCUCUGCUUUCUCCACAACCCUUAUCUGUUCUCCUAACCCUCUGGAGAAUAUAUGGGGGGGGGGGGGGUUACUGGCAGAGGAAGUCCCAUUGCACAGGCAGAAGUCCUUGCACUAAUUGGACAACUUUGUUGGAUGCAACCCACUGAAUUCUUGUUCAGGCUUAAGUGUUUCAAACUAAAAGCCAUAACACGCACCCACACCCAUGUUAGCCUGGUAAACGGGGCAAGUCGUCACAGUGUUUUCUGUUCUAUUCUGUGCCUCCAGCACAGAAACAGCCUAUGCAGCACUCUCAUGUUAUGCUGCACUCAGGUGUGCAAGAGGCUGAUUCAAAAACUCAUGGGAAUGGAUUGGGCUGAGAGUACCUGGUUUGCAUGCUGGGCUGUGUGUCUAGUAGGUCUUUUUGUUCUUUUUCCUGUCCAGGUCACUUUGGGAGUGUUUAUCAUGGAACGUACAUAGAUUCGGACCAUAGACAUAUACACUGUGCUGUUAAAUCUCUGAACCGUGAGUAAUCCCUCAUUCCUCUCACAGCAAUGGCAGCUGCACUUAACUGUCCUGCAAAAGGAAGCCAAGGGGUGAGGGGCCUGUUCCCUCUCCCUCCUCACCAGCUGCUCACCCGGUCAUGCCCCAUUGUUCUUGUUAUUUAAACUUGAAGGACAUGCUCUAUGUCCCUCUUCCAGCAUUGGAAUGGACAGCUUCUAAGAGAGUUCUGCUUGCUUAACAAAUAAAAGUGAAUGGGCUCUUCCACCCCCUCCCCUCCCCUGAGAAAAGGGGCAUCAUGCUACUUCGACUGGACUAUAACUAGCAUAGAUUCAGUUCUGUAGGGGAAGACUUGGCAAUUCAAUCAUCGAAGGAAGGCCCUCGGAUAAUUCCUUCCUUAAAUGGCACCGUAAUCUGGAUUCUAGGGAGACUUGCCCUACUUUGCACUCUCCUUCGGCUUGCUCAGUGACAUGGUACAAGGAGACACCAUUAGCUUAAGUGCCAUUUUCUGCGGCAAAGUCUUGAUGUCCCUUUGCAAUGUCAUUCCACUCAAGAGUAGGUGGAUAUAGCUGUGAAGAGAGGUUGGGGAUGGGAGGACAUGCUGUUAAAGCUUCCCCAAGGAAGCUCUUUGACACACUUCAGGAAACAGUCCUGGACUGGGUUGUGGGGAGAGGGAGGGAUGCUUUUGUAACCAACUUCUGCUGUUUGUUCAUCAUCUCCAAUGAGACAUACCAAAGGCUUCCAGUCCAGCCAAUCGCCUUCAAGGCCUUGUUGGCCUUCUGAGUGUAGUCUCAGAAGAAUCCUCCUUAUCAACAGCAUCCCUUGGGAAGCAGAGGGACCCUCGUGCCACGUUGACCUAGCCCUGCGCAGUUCUAACUCCGGCUAGGCAUCCCUCCCUUAUUACCUGCAGUGUUGACAUUCAAGCGUAGGUUUAACCUGCUGGCAUGUCCUGUCCCAAGUCCAAACGAGCUACUUGUGCCAUCCAUAACGGAUCUUGUGCUGCUUUCGUGCGCACCUCCUGCACUCCAGUGACCCAUUUCCCAAGAGUUUUGCGGUUCCUUGUGUGGGUAUGCUACUCCGGUGCCUUUUCACAGCCUGCUUCCUUUUCUCCCCCAGGAAUCACGGACUUGGAGGAGGUAGAAGAGUUCUUGAAAGAGGGGAUUCUGAUGAAGAGCUUUCACCACCCCCACGUCCUCUCUCUCAUUGGGAUUGCCCUCCCUCGGGAGGGGCUUCCCCGGGUGGUACUGCCAUACAUGAAGCAUGGAGACCUGCGACACUUUAUCCGUUCAGAGGAGAGGGUGUGUACUGCUUCCCACUUUGGGUUUACGCCAGCAAGUCAGCCCUUGGAGGGCUUGCUCUGGGAGAUGAGCAUCUCAAUGCCAAUAUGCUGACUUCCUGAUCUUGAAGCUACCGUUGGGUUGAGGGUGGUUCACACCCACCUAGUGAAGUGGAACAUUUAAGGAAAGGGGGUACUGAGACAGUGCUGUAUCAGACCCUUCCUUCCUCUCCCUUUCAACUCUGGUCAGCUUUUGCUUUGGCCUUGUGAACCCCCUACAUCCCUGUUGCAGGAUGUCUUCCUGUUUAAUCACUGCAGUCUUUGCACAUUCCCCCAGUUAGGUGUUCACCACCAAGGAAUGAACAAUGAGUCAAGUGAGGGUUUGGGCCCUCCCUCCCCCAGGUGCGGCAGGGAGAGAAAUCCAUUCUGCGGCGCAGCAGAAUUUAUUAGCUCAAGCAUUCUCGUCAGGUUUCUGCCAGAGCCUUCUAUGUGUAUGAACCACCUUAUUUUUGCAGUAGCUUCUGCUCUUGCAGCCGGGACCUCAGCAUCCAAGGAGCAGAGGUUGUGUGUUUCUUUGCUUUUUGCUGACUCGGAGCCUUCUUGAGCAGUAGGAACGUGAGCUGGUGGCUGAUGUACCUGCUGCUGCUACUGCCAGAGACGCAGAGCACAAUCGUGUCUCCCUCCCACCCUGGCCAGUGCAGAACUAGCUACUCUCUGCUGAGAGCUGCAGCAACUCCAUCUUCCCUUUCACUUUGGGGAGAAAAACAGAGCCAGGGGUAGUAAGCAGGCUUCAGUUCCCCCACCUCCUCUGUAGCCACUGUCAUCUUCAUCAUUACUGCUUGCAACAAUCAAAUAAGUGGUACAGUUACCAUUAUUGUGUGUGGCCACCUAAGGGUGUAGCAUUUCUACAUAGGAAAUAGCAUUAAAACUUCGUGUACACUGUCAGGUGUGUGAACACUCAACACGUGUAUUUUUACUAUGUGUAUACAUGGGAUCAUUUCCCUGCAGGUUUCAUCUUAUUUCUACAUAGAAACAUUUUUAUCUACGUACACAAUAUGUGCCAUGUAGCCUCAUUUACAAAGCAAGAUUUGACAUGCAUCGCACAUUCCCAUGACAGAUUUAAGACAGGGAAGCAGAAGUCCUUCAGACCGUUGUCAUCUUGCCUAAGUCUGGAGUUUGAACAGUGACCUCUGGCAGCACCUGCUGUGUCUGUCUUAAAGAGUUCGAAAACAGGCCCCACAGCAAUGUCAUCUUGUAUCCAAUGGUUACAUACAGAGAAUUGAAUCUUUAUGGGGAUCUAAGCCAAGCCUUCACUUCCUUCCAGCGACUUGUCAGUAGCAAGGCCUUGGGGGAUGGUGGGGAGUAAAACGUUUCUCGCAAAAGCGCUUUUCAAAGGAUUGCAGCACACCGUCCACAGACCUCACCUUGAACAGACUGCCGUUUGAGGUGCAGCGCACUUUUAGAGCAGUUGUACGUUCGGAAAAGGGACGCUUGCUCAGGCUACUCAUUCGCUGCCAUUGUAAACGCAGCAUGGAAUGUUGUUGCAUGUGUACCUUGUCUGCUUAUUGGACGCAGGGGGAAAUGUCAUUAGCAAUGAGCAACAAAACUCAUUGGGAAGGGCAGUGACUCAGUGGUGCAGCGCAUACUUUACAUGCAAAAGGUCCCAGGUCCACUCCAACUUCACACCUCCCAGUAGGGGUAGGAAUGUCCCCUUCCUGAAAUCCCACAGAGGUGCAGCAAGUCAGUGUUGACAAUACUGAGCGAGAUGAACCAAUAGUCCAACUCAGCUUCCUAUGUUCCUUUCCCUUUCUCAGCCCUGUUUCAUUAGGUAGCUGACCAAAUACAAUCAUGGUCAGCUUUAAACCUUUUACAGCGGUAUGAUUUUUUUGCAAGAUUUGCUUUCUUCUCCAACCCUAAAAUAACAUGUGGCUUUAAAAAGAGAGAGAGAGAGAGAGAGGAGUAGUCCCAUUACCUUUACUUUACCUCUUAUGUUCAGAUACUCUAUCCCACUAUUUUUGCUGAAAUGUUGCUCAUGGGACAAGGGCAAUUAAAAAAAAAAGUGGUUGGGACACACUUUGAAUGAGAUAGGGGAGAGGCAAUGAGAGCCUCUGCCCACUAGGGGGCCACAAAGGCAUGCUCAUACAUAACACAUUAUUAUAAAGUCUUAAGCAGGGAAGCUGCACAUAAGACUGUAUUCAUGCGUCGACAUCAAUUCCACGUAUGGCUUGCACCCUGCGCAGGCCUUGUCAAGUAAUGUGCAAGUGUCUGUGCCACGUGCGCUCCCAAAAGAGAAUAACUUUCUACCGGCAGAAAAUUCCUACAGCCGAGUGUCUGUCGGCUCAUGCGCUCAUCCCAUAGGACAGUGCACAUGCAGGGCGCACUCCAUUUCCCACCCAGAAGUGAUAUCCAAGUAGCAAAUUUCCCCCAUGUGAAGUAGCCCUGAAAUUAGCUUCAGCUGUGCUGGCUUGAGGGAGUUACAAGCAAGCAGUUCAGACCUCGAGAGGGGCAUAAACUCUAGAGCCAGAUGGAAAACUCAUUUUAAGUUUCCUCUCCCUCCCCGCUCUUCCCCAGAACCCGACUGUGAAGGAUUUAAUAGGCUUUGGGCUGCAAGUGGCUCAAGGGAUGGAAUAUUUGGCCCAGAAGAAGUUUGUGCACAGAGACCUUGCUGCUAGGAACUGUAUGUAAGUACUGAAAUGAGUGGGUAGAACAUAGUGGUUGGAGUGCUGGACUAGGGCCCGGGAGGCCAGGGUUCAAAUCGUCACUUGAAACUGACUGGUGGUCCUGGGCCAGUCACUCUCUCUCCCUCAUCCCUAAGCUACCUCUCAGGGUUGUUGGGAGGAUAAAAUGGAACGGAGGAGAACUCCGUAUGCCACCUUGAGCUUGAAGGAAUAUAAAUGUAAUAAAUAACAAAUACCUGGCUGGGCCUUCAGGCUUCCUGGGUGAGUCUGUCAGGCAUCUUCCCCUGUCAGCUGAUUUAUUCCCUGUGUUUUGACAGAAAUAGGCCCUCCCUGGUGUCAGUAUACAUAUUCCCUACCUACAGCUGCUUUACCUAUGCACCUACUAUUUUUGCGAAAGCCUUGUAGUAGCAGGUAGAACAAGCCCCACAAGCUUCUCUCACUGUGCGACAGCUUCGCCUUGGUUGGGAGGAGCACCCAUUCAGUAUGGUGGUUGCUCAUUACAUGCAGGGCUAAGCUGUUCUCUCUUGCCCUUCUAAAAGCUGUUUGGGAAACCGCUAAGCUCUCAUAGGUCUUGAAAAGGGCUGCAAACGCUGAUUUCUCAGGCCUGGGCUGAAAUGUCAAAAAGUCCAGAAGUGGGACUUGAGUCGCUUAAUGGUGCCUCCGUGACCGAGGGACUGUAAUUCAUUUGGCUGCAGUGUGAGCUCUAAACCCUCUCCUCUCCUCUCUGUGCUUUGUAGGCUAGAUGAGACCUUCACAGUAAAAGUGGCAGACUUUGGGCUGGCCAGAGACGUCUUCGACAAGGAAUAUUACAGCAUCCGGCGACACCGCAGAGCAAAGCUGCCGGUUAAGUGGAUGGCCCUUGAGAGCCUGCAGACCCAAAAAUUUACCACCAAGUCUGAUGUAGUAAGUGCAAGCAAAGGCAGUGGGUGCUAUUUAGACAUGGGAACCAGGGUCAUCUUCUUUGGCGAUCACUCAUAGCCUAGUAAGAUUGUCUUCUAUGAACAGGGUCUUAACAGUGAGUCCGAAAGUGACAUAGAGGACAAUUCUGGAUCCACACGUCCUGUGGGACAUAGGUUUCCGGGCAGGAGUUGAUCAUGGUGAGGGUUUGCCAAGCAUGUCUUCCUCUUAGCACGUUUCUCCCUUUUUAUCCUGAGUUCAAGCGUCUUCAGAGUCCCUGACGCCUUCGGUAAAGGCUGUUCUCCAAUUGGAGCAAUCGCAAGCUAGUGUUUCCCAAUUGUCGGUGUUUAUACUACAUUUUUAAAGAUUUGCCUUGAGAGAGUCUUUAAACCUCUUUUGUUGACCACGAGCAUUACACUUUCCAUUUUUAAGUUUGGAACAGAGUAGUUGCUUUGGAAGACGAUAAUCAGGCAUCCAAACAAUGAAGUUGAUGUUGACAGUGUUUCCUGUCCUAGCUGCAUAAUUGCUGCAACAGGAGUGGGGAACAAUUUUUUCAUCCCAAGGGCCACCAUCCCUCAUGGUAAACUUACCGAGGGCUGCAUGGCAGCAGUGGGUGGGGCCGAUACAAAAUGUAGGUUGGCCAUCCACAUAAACAGCCACUCAUAGAAUCAGAAUUAUAGCGUUGGACGGGACCGCAAGGGUCAUCUAGUCCAACCCCUCCAAUGCACUCAUAUACAUCCACACACAUGAACAUUCAUACCUAGCUAUAUACAAGCACACACAUUCAUUCACACUUACUGUCUCUCUGACACAGAGAUACUUCCAGACUCUCGCUAAUCACUGAGUGAUAUAACCCAUAAGACUCUCUGGAUUAUGUGGCUGUCCAAGCUAGUCAGGGCAGGCCUCUCUUCAGUGUCUUUGUGCCCUGUGCAUGAAAGGCUGCAUCUCGACACUGUGGAAACACGUGAUACUUGGUAGAUGGGGGAUGCUGAGGAACCAGGCGAACCUCUCCUGGGUGCCCUCCUAGGCUUCUGGGGGUCACAGAUCUGCACUGCCACCUGUGCGUUCUGCUAUAUGUGUUCUCCAUCUAUGCAUUCUGCUCUUCUGCCCAGUGGUCCUUUGGGGUCCUCAUGUGGGAGCUGAUGACGCGAGGGGCUUCUCCGUACCCUGAAGUGGACCCAUAUGAUAUGACCCGCUAUUUGUUGCGAGGAAGAAGGUUGCCGCAGCCAGAAUACUGCCCAGAUUCUCUGUGAGUAUAUAUGAACUUGGGGCAGGGCUGUUCAAAACCUCUGCCUUAGGGAAGGACGGGUUAACAAGACCCUUUAAGCAUGUGGAGGGAUAGGAAGGCUGAGAUGGCAUCCAGGCUACAUGAAAAUAUGUGAGGAGAGGCACAGGCAGUCAUACUUGGGGGAGGUGUUCUAGAAUUCUAUGCAAAACAAUGCAGAUUAAAAAAUGUGUACCCCAAUAAACUGGGGGGUGUGCUACACCUAGAGUAUAUUCCCCUGGCAGAGGGGAAGGUAAAAAGAAGCUAUAAAUGAGAUGGUGUGGGGGCAAAGGUUGGGCUUACUGGAAGAGAGACUACUCCUUUCUUUUAAUUUUAAUUUUAAUUUUAAUUUUAAUUUUAAUUUUAAUUAAUUGGCACCAGCCUUUUAAAAUUCAUUUUUUCUCUACAGCCCUUACUGCUAGCCUUUCACGGCAUUCUCAGUGAACAAUGAGGUUCAGAGACCUGAUACUGUUCAGAUGACCCAGAUUCCCAAUGUGAUGAGGUUUGCCAGAGACAAACAUCCCGCGAACUUUUUGGAAGUUCCUCUUAAAACAGGCCAUGUGGUGACUGCAACACAAUAUAGCACUGUGAUGAAAGUUACCAAGUCCAUCAGACUUUGGGAUGCUUGUGAAGCCCAGAAAGCCUGUUCUAUCAAGUCAGAUUCAAUAGUGCCUAAAGCUGCCAUGAAUAUCCAGACUGAUAGACCCUCUGAGGGCCUCCAUCCCUUCCUUGCAGUCCCAUCCCAGCCGUGCAUAUCAUAAGCACACAGCCUAUUUGCCAAAUGUUCCAGAGUCCCAAUUUUCUAUACAAAUCCCAGUGAACAUAAGCCAACAAGCAGGACCAUUGCCUGUGGGCCAGGGGUGGCUGGAGAAUGAGGAAUGGGAAUGCAUGGCAGUUUGUUAUCUUGGAACGUGCCCAGGAGAUGGUGUACGGCUAUGCAGUACCACAAGUCUACACUGUCCUCAGGCUUUGAAGCUAGAGGUCUUGGCCUUACAUUCCCCCUGCUGUAAUGUGUGUUUAAUUUGACAGGUACACCGUAAUGCUGAAUUGCUGGGCCCCAAGUCCUGAGGAGCGACCAACUUUCUCUGCAGUAAUCCAGGAAGUGCAGCAUAUUUUAGCCUGCCUAAAGGGGGAGCAUUAUAUCAACCUGAAUGUCACUUAUGUCAACCUUGAUCAAGACCAGCCUUUCCCCCCUUUGACCAGCUGUGAGGAUGAUCUGGACUCCAGUGGGCUGAGUGAGGAAGAGGCUGCUACUGUGCACUGA